CUCUCAGUCUCCUCUUUUCCAGGCUGUUGUUGUUGUUUAGUCGUGUCCGCCUCUUCAUGACCCCACGGACCACAGCACGCCAGGCACUCCUGUCUUCCACUGCCUCCCGCAGUUUGGUCAAACUCAUGUUGGUCAAACUCAUGUUCCCUCAAUCGUUCCUUAUCUGGCCUCAUUUCCAGGCCUGUGUCUGUGUGUGUCGUUUUCUUUAAAAAUUAAAUCCCCCUCCAGAACAGGAAACUUGGAGGAGGGGGAUCAAUUAACUAUUAACUCAGCCGAGAUUCCUGCAUUGCAGGGGGUUGGACUAGAUGGCCCUUGGGUCCCAAUUCUACGAUUCUAUUCCGGCACUGGGUUCGAGAGUGUCAUUCUGAAAAAGUGCAAGUUUUGCGCUGACUCCUCUUCUCAGAGGCCUAUUACCUGCACAACUCUGCACAACUCUGAAGGAGGAAGUAAGGGGGAGAUUAAGGCGGGGAGGGUGGUGAGGGCCGGAUAGAGGAACUUGCUGUGACUCUGGUGAGCUUCCACUUCUCUCUUGCUGCCUGCACAGCUCUGAAGCUCACCGCUGAGAGAUCUCUCCCCGCUUGCUCCUUGCCCUGCGCCAGGAAUGCAUCUAUGACCCACAGAAAACCUCAGUGACCCAUCUCGGGGGUCUCAGCACCAACCUGGGGAGUGGGCACAGCAGAGAUCAUGGUAAGUCUGUGCUUCAGGGUGGCAAGGUGGUUCCUGUUUUGGGAACCAGUUUGCCACCCAGCUUGCACUGCUCAAAAUGGACCAAGUUCCAGAGGUGUCUGGCGUCAGAGAGUGGGGUUCGGUAGGGUAAGUCCCCCACACACCCCAAAUUCCCUGACAAAUUGCUUGCCACUUGUUGCUUAAACUGCUAGGGUUACUUGAAGGAAAGUUACCGCUUGGCAUCCGCCUGGCAUGAGAAUUUGGGGAGGGAAACAAAAGUUCUAGUCCUCAGUAUGCUUACUCAAAAACUCAAUCGAUGGGGACUUAUUUCAGAUAAAAUAAGGCGGCACCAUUAUAUAUGUGUGUGUGUAUUCAGAGGUGAUGGAUUAAGUUGUACUUACCCAGGCCAAAAGGAAUUUUGCCAUUUCUGUGUCUGGUGCUUUGCUUCUGUUUUUUGGUGCAAGGAUGUGCAAUUCAGACACAUGUGUAUUUCGGUCCUCCUGAUUCAUUCCAGGGUGGGUGGUGUUCUUCAGCUGGUUUGCUAAAAAUAAAAAAGGCAAAAUUAAGCUUCCCUGUCCAGAGGAGACGCCUAACCCGGCAGGCCUCGCUUGCAGCCUUCUUCCCAAAAGCAACUUGCAGAAGUGCUGGGCUAUGACCUCAGUUGUAUGUGUUUCGGCGCAAGAAGGUGCCUGGGCAGCUCAAGUGGCUAGUCCUUGUGAGGUCCAUGAUGUGGUUUCUGCUCUUUUUCACUCCCCUGCCACUCUGACUAGCAUCCAUCAGUUGCAUCCCGCUGGGUUUUUACUCAGAGUAGACACUUUCAGAGUCACAGGCUUAAGUUAGUCAUGUCCACUCACUUCAGAGGGUCUACUCUGGCUAACGGUGAAUACAAAACCAACCCUUGGAAUGAUCUGAGGUAAAAGCCCUGUUUCAUGCCACUGAAGGGGCAGAUUCUGUUUGAUGCUGUUUUCACUGUAUGUUGUUAUGGUACAGCUGCAUAUUCCUGCGUUGCAGGGGGGUUGGACUAGAUGAUCCCUGAGGGUCCUUCCAACUCCCACCGAGACCUGCCUUUAUCCUGACGUUCUGUUGUGCUAAUUAAAGACAGAGUAAAUCCCACAUUCCGCUCCCAGAUGGCACAUAUUUGGGUCCAGGUGCAGAUGUACUUCUUUUUAUUAUUAUUAUUGGCUUUAAAUAAUUUAUACAGACAGCAAAACAAAGAAGCCUAAAUUAACAUUGCCUUCCACCGAUAAGAAAUAAUAAUAACUAUUACAAUAAUGAAAAUACUAAAAGUACAUUUACUUCCCCUUUUAAACUUCUUUUCUGGUUACAAUAUAUUACUAUUCUACAAGAAUCUAUUAUAUCCAUAUAUUAUUUCCCCCCCCCCAAAAUUCAACCUAACCCCCCCUCCUCCCCACUGCUUCCCUUCACCUGUGUGAGAUCUUCCCAUCAUAAUUUUUUUUCUAGUUGCUUUGAUAAAAUAGAGUUACAUGAAAACUGUUAAAUUAUAAUUGCUUCUUUUGUCCUUACGCGCUUAACAGUUGGGUCCAUGUUCAGAUGUAUUUCUGGGGAAUAGCCACACUGAAACUAGAACAGAGUUUAAAAUUAGUAGGGGGAAAGUGGCAUGAAAUGACGUUUUGUUCUCCCUCUCCCGUGAUCCUUGGACCCUGGGGCAUCCCUACCCAUCAGGAGAUUCAGAACAAUCGAUUCAGAAUGAACAAACGCAGCAGUAGAUUCAGGCCAGAAUCUCAGACCAGUCGUGCAAGUUCUGCAUUGUGUACCGUACCCACUGUGAAAGCAGACAGUGAGUGGAUAAUCUGAAGAUUUGAAUGGAGUCCUCCAGGCCUUGUGACUCUCCCCACAAGCCGGGAUCGUCACCAGCCCUGCCUCAUGACCCCAAAGUGCCCACGAGGGACCCACAUGCCGGUCCACAGGCUGGGGGGGGCGGGAAUCCUGUUCCUCUAACUGACAGGAUUCCCUGCCAGAAGAUGUGGUAAUGUCCACUAGACUGCAGAGAUAAUAAUAAUAAUAAUAAUAAUAAUAAUAAUAAUAAUUUAUUUAUACCCCCCCAUCUGGCUAAACACUAAAAUACAAUAACCUAUUAAACAUUAAAAGCUUCCCUAAACAGGGCUGCCUUCAGAUGUCUUCUAAAAGUUUGGGAGUUAUUUUUCUCUUUGACAUCUGGUGGGAGGGCGUUCCACAGAUUUGGGGAAGGAAAGCUGAUCUCUCGAUCGCUAUUGGUGUAAUGGAGCCUCCAUGAUCUAAGGAAGUCUACCUCAAAGAACCCAAACCAGAGGGAGCAGGAGAGGUAGCAACCACCGCGUUUCGGGAUUAACCUCAUUCGUUUCAUACCCUGCUUGUGGGCUUGAGGGAGAGAAUCUCUUUGGCUGAGAUUCCUGCAUUGCACGUGGUUGGAUUAGAUGAUCCUUGGAGGUCCCUUCCGAAUCUACAGUCCUACGAUUCUAGGAUCCCAUGAGUCUGAUUGGCCACUGGAAUUGGCAGGCUUUUGCUCUGACCCAGCAGAGCUCUCAAUGCAAAGGCAGUCUGCCUUGGAGUACUAGAUUCUGGUAACUAUAAACAAGGGGUUGGUUGCUGCCUUUGUGUCCUCUUUGAGAACUUCCUGGAGCCUGCGGGGUUUAGCAACCGCUCUCUCUUUCCAGGCUGGGAAAUGGGGAUUGUAGUUCUUGUCACAGGCAUCCGAGAGGAAUCUCAGCACCUUUGCCGCCCCCCAGGCCACUUUGGGUGGCGUUAAUUGCUGUGGAAGGUUAGCAUCACCAGGAAAUGAAGUCAGACCAUAGAACCGUAGAGUUGGAAGGGACCUUGAAGAUCAUCCAGCCCAACCCCCUUGCAAUGCAGCUGUCCCAUACAGGGAUUGAACCUGCGACCUUGGCAUUGUCAGCACGGAGCUAUCCAGGCAUUCACCCUCCAAGUGCCCCUAUUUUCCAGGGAUUUACAGAAGCUGUCGCAGUUUUUGAUUUGAUCCCAGAAUGUCCCGCUUUUCCUUAGGACGUCCCUGUUUUCAUCGGAGAAAUGUUAGAGGGUCUGGAGUUGUGCCAUCCCCAAGCCCAGGAGAUAAGUAGCUAUGCAACCGUUAGAAGACACCUUGAAGGCAGUUUUUAAACGUUUCAUGUUUUUAUUAUGUUUUUACAUGUGUUGGAAGCCGCCCAGAGUCUCUAUUUUCAUGAGAGAAAUGUUGGAGGGUAUGCGUCUCAGGGUCACAGAUUCGAGUGCUACGUUAGGCAAAAAGGUUCCUGCCUUGCAGGGGGUUGGACGAGAUGACACUUGUGGUCCCUUCCACAUCUGUGAUUCAGUGAUGCUCCUCUCUGACAGAGCAAUGUCACAGACGCCUUGUUGUUGUUACGGAAUAAGGUAAAGGGACCCCUGACCAUUAGGUCCAGUCGUGACCGACUCUGGGGUUGUGGCGCUCAUCUCGCUUUAUUGGCUGAGGGAGCCGGCGUACAGCUUCCAGGUCAUGUGGCCAGCAUGACUAAGCCGCUUCUGGCGAACCAGAGCAGCGCAUGGAAACGCCGUUUACCUUCCCGCCGGAGCGGUACCUAUUUAUCUACUUGCACUUUGACGUGCUUUCGAACUGCUAGGUUGGCAGGAGCAGGGACUGAGCAACGGGAGCUCACCCCGUCACGGGGAUUCAAACCGCCGACCUUCUGAUCGGCAAGCCCUAGGCUGUGUGGUUACGGAAUAGGGAGUUCCUAUUUUCACCCAAGAAAUGUUGGGGGGAAGUGAUUGCUGUCAAUCCCUCAACAGCCGACAAACACACUGUUUUCACAUUUUGCUUUGCUUUUUUUAAACCUCUCUAAGUAACACCUGCUUCAAUUUAGCUUCAAUUUAGACCCCUUGGGAGUGGCCCUCCACGCAUCUCUGUCUGGCCCUCAGAAAUGUGCUGAGGCCGCACACCCUCUCUCUCCAGGUCGUGCUCCCUCCCCUGAGCAUUUUCCCACAGCCGGGAAUGUGUCUUCAUACCCCAAUCUUGUCUUUCACUCGCCUGGAUGGAGGACAGACAGAGAGGGGUGUGUGGAAACUUGGCUAUGGCGAGGAGGCGGGGUUUACCUCUGGUGCCCCGCCCACUUUUACUUCUUGCCCCGCCCACCUCUGAUUGCUGGCCCCCAGAAAGUUUCGUAGGAGGAGAUGCGGCCCUCGCGUUGGAAGAAAGUUCGCCGCUCGGUGCUGCUCCGCAUAUUUAUCUGGGAGUAAGCCACAGUGGGCACAGCAGCGUUUACUUCUGAGUAAGCACGCAGGGGGCUGAGCUUUGCAGCUUCAAAACAACAGGAAGUGAAAGAUCUCUAUGUAGGUAUUUAGGUUGUGAGUUGAAGUUUUCCUGUCCUGCUUUUUCCACUGAACAGCUAUCCACAAAAUAAUAAUAAUAAUUAAUAAUUCAAUUAAGAAAUAAAAUUUUAUAUGCUAUUAUUAUUAUUAUUAUUAUUAUUAUACGUCCCUAUACCCGCAGGUCUCAGGGCAGUUGCAACACAAAAUCACAAUAUAAAAACACAAAAUACAUAAUCAAAAGAAAAAGAAAAGUAGCGGAAUAACGCCCCCAUUCCCAUAGGUUAGAUGAGGUGCUAUUCCUGUGCUUAUGAAGGUUUCAUUUUUCUACUUACAAAAUGAUCCAUACAUUGCAAAAAUUGAGAAGUAGUGGCUUUGACAGCCUUCUGGAAUUUUUACACUUCCAUUUUUUUACACUACCAUUCUGUCAUAAAAAACCAGUUUCUAUGCCAAGCAAUGCUUUGUUUAAGGUUCUUUUUUUUUUUUAAUAAUUUUUUAUUAAGAUUUUACACAAAGAAAAAAGAAAAACAACACACACAAAGAAAAACAUUACAAAAUUUAACAAUAAAAACACAAAACAUAACAGUUAAAAACAAACUCUCUUUUCCAUUCCCAAUUUUAAAUUACUUAUUUUCUGGACUUCCUCAUACCUCCCUCUUUUGUAUUCCAAUUUGCAUUAUUUGUCCAGCAGUUUCUUUUCCACUUUUUUAAACCCAAUCUUUAAUUUAAUAGAAUAUUAAAAUAUAUAACUUCAACUUUUUAAACAUAAUCCUUGUUCUUAAUGUCAUAUACCUUUAAAUUUUUCCCUUUUAUUAUUAAAUUUCCAUUUCUUUAAACAUCUUUAAUCUUGAUCUUUAAUCUUAAUCUAUCCUUAACUUUAACCUGUACAGCUGGAAACCACUUAUUUUCAGUCCAACAUCACUCUAACAUUCCUUAAUUUUGCAGUGUUUCUGAAGAUAGUCUUUGAAUUUCUUCCAGUCUUCCUCCAUCGACUCUUCUCCCUGGUCACGGAUUCUGCCAGUCAUUUCCGCCAAUUCCAUAUAGUCCAUGCUUUGUUUAAGGUUCUAAUGCCAACAUAACAAUUAAACCAGCACUGACUUGCUUGAAAGCUCCAGGUUAUAGAAGCAUAGAAGUGUAGAGUUGUAAGGGAACCCCAAGGGUCAUCCAGACCAACCCCCUGCAACGCAGGAAAUGCAGAUACAGAAUCCCUGCCCAUCCAACGUCUGUUUGGAAAUGGGAAGGAGAGUCCGCCACAUUCCUAGUUCCACUGUCCACUGCUCUGACUGUCAGAAAGUUCUUCCUGAUAUUUAGGAAGUUCCUGACGUUUAGUCGGAUCUGAAAGCGUAACAGAAAGAACCACCUCGCACCCGAGGACAGCAGAAACUGAGAUCUGCAGAGAGAGGAUCAGAUUUAUUACUUAACUGUCCAAAGAUCUGACAAAACCAUAAGGGGGUUCAGCAGGAGGGGAGAAUUUUAUUUCUUAUUAAUUUUGCAUUCUUUGUGAAUUCUGCGGCAAAUGGCGGUUCCUGUGCCAGGGUUGCAGCACAUUCUUUAUGGGGAGAAAACGUCUCAAAUGGGUCAGUGCGUCUGGCUGUGAACCAGGUUGGGGGUUCCAGCCCACCCAGGCAGGGCUGUGGGCAGGAUUGCAGGGGGUUGGACUGGAUGACCUUUGGAGAUCCCAACUUUGCGAUUUCAUGAUUCUAAGACAGGAAUAUCAGUAAACUGUGAGUAACCCCUGAGGUUUGCAGAUAGGCAAAAGAUCUUAAGGGGGGGUGGGAGGCGCCAGAAACACCAAACCAAUCCCAUAAUAGCUUAACAGCAUGGGGUGUGGACAGUAUGAGAGGCUGGAAGAAAAGUGACAGUGGUGGGAGGUGUGAAAACAGAAUGGAGAGGUGAGAAGAGGAGGAUAGAGACCCAUCAGUGCGGGAGGGUAGGUAGGGAAAAACAUCAUUUGGAGAGGUUAGGGCCCCGAUCCAGCGUCUCUUCUCGCGCUCAUAUUUUUAAAUGUGUGCAUUUUUAAAUGAGGACUGAAAAGAGCACGGCACCCAAAGGAGGAAAGAGGAAGAGGAGGAAUUUGGUUCGCUUAAUGCAGACCUACACUUUGCAAGACCGAAAUUUGCAGCGAUCUUUCGAAAUUUGCACAUUUCUGAAUUUUGCAAUGCGGUGAUCCAGCUCCCAAAAUCUGUAUAAUUACGGAUGUGCACACAGAUAUCUAUAAUAGUGGAAAUAGCAUGGGGAAAACAGCUUACAGAAAACGUGCAUAUUUGGAGAAAUUGAAACUAAAGCUCUGGUGAAUUUGCACGGGUAUUUUCACGAGGAUCCACAUUGAUGCGGAAAGGUGGAGAAUUUAAAUCUGGACAGAUAAGAAACUCAGAGAAAGAAAUAUUGAUCAUGUCCAUCCCUAAAACUAAGCCAACCCCAACCUGUGGGAUUGCCAUACCCCAUACGCGCCCCCUUGACCUCUUCUAUCUGCAGAACUGGGCCUGUCAACAGCUGCCACAUAAUACCCAUUCUUCAUUUGUAAGAAAUCGAUCUUUGGAACUCCCUGCCUAUUGACAACAGGUGUCUAUCCCUUUUUUGGGACCUGCUAAAACAUUCUUUUAAUGUUUCUGUUUGCUCCGCCCACUUUUCCCUCUGGCCCCGCCCACCCUGGAAGGCAAUGUUUGUAAGUUGCCCAGAAUAAUCAUUAAUACAUUUAAAACUAAACACGAAUAGAUAAAUCAAUGCAGCUGAUAUGAGCUACCUACUGCUCAGUCAGUAGAGCAUGAGACUCUCAGGGUUGUGGGUUCGACGUUGGGCAAAAGAUCCCUGGAUGUCAGGGGGUUGGGCUAGAUGACCCCUGGGACCCCGUCCAACUCAAUGGUUCUGUGAGGGUCAGAGGUUUGGAUGCCAACUUUAGUUUUAUCCACCUCCCUCCGUCACAGGCUCAAGAAUGCACUGCCAGAUAUUUCUGAUGUGUACUGGGACGUCCUAAGCAAAAGCAGGACAUUCCAGGAUCAGAUCAGAAAUUGGAACGGCUUCUGUAAGUGCACGACUGUCCCUGGAAAAUAGGGACACUUGGAGGUUCUGCCUCUUGUUAACGGAGAAAUCUGAGGGCUCCCUUGGACAAAAAACAAGGACACCAGCCAGGAAUACCAGAGCAAAACAGCAGCCAGUAGGCUUGGUCUUGAUUGAAGACUGUUGCGACAGGACUCCUACCUGCCACCAGGUGGAACAAGAUGGAAGCCCCGAACAAAAGAGAACCCAAACUUUUAUUAGCUGCUAAUCCCCAUGUUACAUCCCCCCCACCAAACUACAUUACUAAUGCGUCAUGGUUACAUCAUGAAAGGGGAGGUCUGGUGGCAAUCUGAGCAUCCUGGACCCUGCCCCAUGGUUCCCCUUGUCCUCCCCCAAACACCCAUCAAGUGUAACAAAAGAAGAUAUUUACAUUUCCCUGUUUCCCAGCCAAGUUAAUUACACCCUUUGGUCUUCCUCUGGGUUUGUUCUUUCUGGAAUGGCUACCUGUCUGGCACUCAGGUAUCAGGAGGCCAGGGAUUAUCACUCAGGCAGAGGGGCUGCUGAGGAGCUGAGCUCACAUGUCUGUAUGAAUUUCUGAAGUUUUCCCAGUGAGCCAGUACAUAGAUACAUUUGUCAGUGAAUUCUUACAUUUGGUAUCGUGCAGCAAAGGCCCUUUGAAUAGAUAGGAAGAAACUGUGACGAAGUGUUUUGUAGGGACAAAUCACAAAAGUCACAAAAGUGAUUGUGCUGGUUUUGGUAGUGGGCUGCAUGUGCCUGAUAUCUGCUGGAGGGGCAACCCCCCCAACCUAUACAUAAAUUCCUGCAACACUCUGAAGCGGCACUCCCCAGAGCCGAGUUUGCCAUCUCGCUGAGGACUAGGCCCUUGAUCGCUCCUCUAACUUUAACCACAGGAAGUGUGCCUCCUUGCUGCCUCUGAAGCUCGCGUGUUACACAGGAAACCAAUGGGCGGCAGCGGUCUUGCCCGGGGUGGUGCGCUUGCUGAUUUAGAGGAGGCCAGGCCUGGAACGGAGACUCAUACAGAGUUGCAGCAGGAGACAUGCCAUGUUGGGGGGAAACUCACUGCUUUGGGGCUGAUUGUGGGCCCCUCUCUCUCUGGCCGCCUUUUCGAAACCAUGUCCUGGGAAACGCAGAGACAGGUUUCACAACACACACAAACACACUCACAACACAGCUACCUCAGUUCCCCUUUCCUUUAAACCGAAGCUCUCCAAGCCGCAGCAACCAAACCACAGAGGAAGAGACCUUCUUGUGUUCUGCAUACGAUCUGGAGGAUGUGGAUGCCGGGUGCUUUUGCAAACAGUGACCACACCAAGAAAAGGGCAGACUAUGGUUUCUCCCCUGCCCCCCCUUUUUUUGCCAAAUUGAAAAUCAACCACAGAUGAAAGCAAUUUCUAUACAGCUUUUCCAAAAAUUGGUUCCGUUCUCGAUGUGUCCAUCAUUUCCUCUUGUUGCUGCAUUGGUUUCCCAGUUAUAUCUAAUUCACAUUCCUUGCAAUUCACCUUAUUGCAAUAUUUUGUUGUUGUUUAUUAUCCUGAAGCAUUGGCUAGCCGCUCAUCAGUUCCUGAACGUAUAAUAUUCUGACAUUUCCAAUAUCUGCAAGUGAGGUUAAUCAACAAGUUAGCAAUCCACAAUAAAUCAAAAACCACUACGUCCAAAAUAAAUUCCUUGUGGGCAGACGAGGGUUUCAGUGAAGGCAGGAGAGGCCUUUGAGUUUAGCAGCCAGAUCUGAGGAUCUCCAGAAAUCCCUCCCCAUUUGUGGUGGUCUGCCCUCACUUCGCUUUCUCUUGGCUUCCUGUUUUUUCUUCAUCUCAACCCCACCGCAUUUCCUCGCCCAUUUGCAAAUUCUUUUUUCUAUAAAAAUCCCUAAACAUCAGCAAAUUGGCCUAUGUGCAUUCGGCCCCCCCCCCCCCCCGCCCCCAAGGCAUAUAUGGAAAUCAGAAAAGCCCUGCAGAGGCAUAAAAGCCAAAGAGCUUGCUCUCGUGUGUUGUAAACAAAAAUUGCCCUUUUCCCUUAUAGGGUAUCCAAGGGCCCAUAUAGAGUCCUUACAUAGGUUCCCUAUUGGUAGGAGAGAAUAUUGAGAAGCAAAGCAGCUAGUAAGCUUGAUCUUUAUUGAUCUAUUGCAACAGGGUGCUCCCCUCACACGCAGGAGAAGGAGGAGGAACCCAGAAAAAUGGCACGCAAGGCCUUAUAAAGACUUUGCCACCCUGUAGAUCAAGACCACCCCCCAGAAACAUCAUACAUACAUCACAGAAGGGGUGUAACCUAAGACCACCCCCCAGAUACAUCAUACCUACAUCACAGAUUUCUACCUAAACAGAAAUUUGUGCAUCCCACCCAAAACAGUUAUAGGAUCUCAAGAACUGGAAGGGACCCCGGACAUCAUCCAGACUGACCCCCACCCCCAAAAAACAAUGCGUAUUGCUGAACACAUUUGCAGAUGGGGAGAGGCUGGAGAACCGGGUCCUAAAACUCAGAGACGCGCAGAUUUCAGAGGGUAGUUGUGUUUUGGGAAUCCUGGAGGAGGUAGAGGUGAAUUCUUCCUACCUCCCUCUCGAUCGAAAAUAGUCCCAAAUUCUCUGGUCUCAGCCUGUCCCUGGAAGUUCUCCAUCUUAUUUUCAGCCCGGCAACAAUACAUACUUAAAUAGGCAAGGGGGGGCAAUGUUUGUUUAUUAAUUUAUUAAUAGAUUGUUGAAAUCUUCAGGCCUGCCUCGUUCCAUUGAAGCCAGUGGGUCUGUUCUGAGCCUGACUUUGUCGGAUCUCAGCCCUCGAUCUUAAAAGCACUGGAACGACUCGACAGGCCGAGAUCUCCAAAAUUGCCCCACUGCAGCUAAACCACCUCUUAAGCAAUCAGCAGCAUGUAAGAGCAGUUAAAACUUCCCCUUCGGAAAUACUUCUGUCGGUGACUACAGUGGGGGGUGGAGAAGACACCGAAUGCGGCCCCUGGGACCUCUCUGCCUGGCCCUCAUAACUCCCCGCAAGCCUUGUCCCAACCCAUGGCCCUCAUUGGCUCUGCACGCCCUCCUGGAGAGCGUUUUUGCCUCUGCAAAAUGUGCCCUUCAGCUCUGACUGUAAUUUUUGCUUGACCAAAUGGAGGAUCAAGAGAUGCAUGUUGAGCAAUGAGCCCACUGCACGGAGCAAUACCUCCAGGACCGCCUCUCCCCAAAUAAACUGCCCCGGACUCUGAGAUCAUCCUCUGAGGCCCUUCUUUGUGUGCCUCCUCCCCAUGAGGUCUGGAGGAUGGCAACACGAGAACAGGGCCUUUUCUGCGGUGGCUCCCCGUUGCUGGAAUGCUCUCCCCCAUGGCAUACAGUCAUACCUCAUGUUGCGUCCGCUUCAGGUUGUGUUUUUUCGGGUUGCAGUCUGCUGAAACCCUGAAGUACUGGAAUAGGUUACUUCUGGGUUUUGGCAAUCGCGCAUAUAUAAAAACAUAAUACAGUGGUACCUCUAGUUACGAACUUAAUUCGUUCCGGAGGUCCGUUCUUAACUAGAGGUGUGCUUUUGCUGCGCCGCUGGCACACGAUUUCCAUUCUCAUUCUGGGGCAAAGUUCUCAACUUGAGGUAACUCUUCCAGGUUAGUGGAGUUUGUAACCUGAAGCGUUUGUAACCUGAGGCAUUUGUAACUUGAGGUACCACUGUAAAACAUUAAAAAAACUUCCCUCUACAGGGCUGCCUCCCGAUGUCUUCUAAAGGUUGUUUGGUUACCUACGCCCCAACAUUUCUCCGAUGAAAAUAGGGACACCCCAAGGAAAAGUGGGACGUUCCGUUAUCAAAUCGGAAACCGUGACGGCUUCUGUAAAUCCAGGGUUGUCCCUGGAAAAGUUGGGACACUCAGGGGGUCUGCAGACAGUCUGGAAUUACAAAAGCCACUCCAGCUUCUGAUUUAUUGAAACUGAAAUACUUUAUUGUCACUUGUCCAACUUGUAUACAGUGAGAUUACAGAGCACCCCCCACUCAGCUCUCUUAGUCUUAAUUCCCCUCGUUUACUGACGCACACCCACCAAGCCCCAAAGUCCGUUGCCCUGUUGUUAUCUUUUAUGGAUAGAAGCUGUUCUUUACCCUGUUGGUGCGACUAAUCGUGCUUCUAUAUCUUCUGCCCGAGGGCAGGAGAGUGUUAUGUACUGAAGUUCUCACCCUGGGCCAGCAGGGGGAUACUGUAGAUAGUUAUGCAAAUAAGGGAUCGAAAGUGACGUUCACUGAUUGGAUAGUUUUAGAAAAUUGUUACAGUAACGUUGCACUGGAGCUCUAUAUAUAAGCAGGCUGACUGAACCUUUCAGUUCAGUUCUGUUCUGGCCUGUGAAUAAACAAGAGCUGUUUGAAGAAUCGCUGUGUCGUCUGAUAUGUUCACCCACAACUUAACAGAGAUCAAGAAAGUGUGAAUCAUCCCUGAGAAUUUUCCUCACUCUCCCGAGGCAACGUUCUUCUGCUCUUUCAUCCAGCAGAUUCACAGGACAGCCCAUAAUAUCUUGUGCUGUAUCCCAGAAUGGCCCUAUGGCAGUUGCGAGGGGUUAAGGAGUUUUCUCGGGGUUUGUGUGUGCCGUGUCCCGUUGGUGAAGUGGUGGAAAUCCUCUGCCGGGGGGCGGGGUUGUGUGCCAAAAAUGGGGGGGGGGUCAAGGAGGGUCACUUGAUGGGAGUGAGAAAUGUCCUUAUUUUCACCUGAGGAAUAUUGGGGGUGGGGUCUGUGUUUGUGGGAGGGGGGUUGUUGCUUUGCUCUUGUUUUGUUUUUGCUUAUUUUGUAUUUUGUGUUUUCGUUUUGCGUUUUUGUGUUGCGGACCGCCCUGUGAUAUUCCAGUGAAGGGUUUUUUUAAGGGUUAGAGGUUUUUAAGCAGAGGUUGGAUGGGGUUAUUAUCUGUCAUGGAUGCUUCAGUGGAGAUUCCUGCAUUGUGGGGGGGGGGGUUGGGCUGGAUGACCUUCAGGGGUCCCCUUCCAACUCCACAAUUCGACGAUUCCAUGGUAAUAAAUAACAAAAUAGUUGAAACUGGGGGGGGGGGGAGGAGGAGGGAAUCAGAGGCUGAAUGAAAGUGUAAAUGGACAGAUCCAUCCAUCCGAACUCCAGAUCCAUUCUGCCGGCCUGACUCCGCUUUCUUCUCUCUCUCUCAAAUCUUUCCAGGGCAGCAAAGAGCGGUUCCAUUGGCAAAGCCACAAUGUCAAGCAGAGCGGGGUGGACGACAUGGUCCUCCUCAGCAAGAUCAACGAAGACGCCAUCGUCGAAAAUCUCAAGAAGCGGUUCAUGGAUGACUAUAUCUUCGUAUCCUUUUCGUCCUUUCUGUCGUUCUUUCUUGCGUUCCCUUCUAGGUGUUUGGUGCCACAUGUGCCCGUCGUGAUCAGAGUCGAGGCAUCUGACUGAGCCAAGUUUUCAUUUUGGGCAGUGAAUUAGAAUCAUAGAAUUGUUGGGUUGCGAGGGACCCCCAAAGGUCAUCCAGUCCAGCCCCCUGCAAUGCAAUUGAAGCAUCCAUGACAGAAGGCCACCCGACCUCUGCUUCAAAACCUCCAAGGAAGGAGAGUCCGCCACUUUCCAUCCCACGGUCGAACAGCUCUUAUAGUCAGAAAGUUCUACGCGAUGUUUAGUCACAAUCGCCUUUCUUUGUCACUGGAAGUCAUGGGUUCGAGUCCUGGUGUCCAGAGCGGGAGAAAGCAAGCUUGCUCCCUCUUCCAUGUGGCAGCCCUUCAGAUAUUCGAAGAUGGCUCUCCUAUCGCCUCUUUUCCAGCUCCUUCAACCAUUCCUCAUCAGGUCUGGUUUCCAGAUCCCUGAUCAUUUUGGACGCUCUCCUCUGCACACCUUCCAGCUUGUCGACAUCCUUCUUAAAUUUAUAGUUUUGCUCUUGCCUGUGCUGCUGUUCCCCUGUGUCACUUCCGUUCAGAUGUCCCUGUGGUUUGUGGCAAGUACGUUCCUCCCCCUGCUCUUCCUCUCCCGUCAUCCUCUCCAAAUUUGGCAGUCCCGGCAGAGCUCUGAAAGCCUCCUCUUCGCUCCACAAGCCCAUUUCUCUGCCCAUUUCCCAAAUGUUUUGAUGCUCCCAUUGAGGGACUCUUUUCCCAGUGUGAGUUCCUGCAUUGCGGGGGGGGGGUGGACUAGAUGACCCCCGGGGGUCCCUUCCAACUCCACAGUUCUGCGAAAUCCCCUGGUGCUGCUCUGAGAAGCAGUCUGCCCUAACUCCUGCAAGAAAUGGGAAGAUGCCUCUUUUAAAAAGAGGCAUUCCCUCCCUAGAGAAGGGGGUGCCCCAUUUUGGGGGUCAGGGAGGGGGAAACCUGUAACACACACACCCAGAUGUUGUUGGAUUCCAACUCGAGGCAGCAUGGCAGUUGUUAGGGACGAUGUAUCUGAAGUCCGGCAACAUCUGGAGGGGAGAGAUGCCCCUGCCCCUGGUGGGUCUUCGUGGUCUGAUCCAGCAGCUCUGUUUAAUAAGCAAAAUGGUUUAGAUCAGGGGUCAGCAAACUUUUUCAGCAGGGGGCUGGUCCACCGUCCCUCAGACCUUGGGGGGGGCGGACUAUAUUUUGGGGGGAGGAAUGAACGAAUUCCUACGCCCCACAAAUAACCCAGAGAUGCAUUUUAAAUAAAAGGACACGUUCUACUCUUGUAAAAACACGCUGAUUCCUGGACCGUCUGCGGGCCGGAUUGAGAAGGCGACUGGGCCGGAUCCAGCCCCCAGGCCUUAGUUUGCCUACAGCGGUUCUCAACCUGUGGGUCCCCAGAUGUUGUUGGACUACAACUCCCAUCACCCCUGAGCUCUGGCCUUGCUAGCUAGGGGUGAUGGGAGUUGUAGUUCAACAACAUCUGGGGACCUACAGGUUGAGAAAGGCUGGGUUAGAAUGAACCCAUGGAGAUGAGAUCUACUGGCAGCUGUUAGCUAAGGAGGAUAAAUUGGGCCUUCCUGUUCGGGGGCAGUCAUAGAAUCAAAGAAUCAUAGAACGGUAGAGUUGAAAGGGAACCCCAGGGGUCAUCCAGUCCAACCCCCUGCAAUGCAGGAAUCUCAGCUCAAGAACUCUUGGAAGGUGGCCCUCCAGGAACCUCUGUCUAAAAACCUCCGAGGGAGGCCCCCACCUUCCAUCCCCCAGUCAAACAGCUCUUACUGAUGUUGAGUCGGAAUCUCCUUUAUUGUCACUUGAGGCCAUGGGUUCGAGUCCUAUCCUCCAGAGCAGGAGAAAGCAAGGCGUUCCCUCUUCCAGGGGGCAGCUCUGGAGAUAUUGGAAGGCGGCUCUUCUGUCUCCUCUUUCAGCCUGUCUCAGAAUGCCAGAUGAUGUUGAACAAGAAUAAACAGGCCGUAUGGCCAGUGGAUGAUUAUGGGGUUUGGCAAUGACAAACCUAGACAGCACCUAGACAGCAUCUUAAAAAGCAGAGACAUCACCUUGCCAACAAAGGUCCGUAUAGUUCAAGCUCUGGUUUUCCCAGUCGUGAUGUAUGGAAGUGAGAGCUGGACCAGAAAGAAGGCUGAUCGCCGAAGAAUGGAUGCUUUUGAAUUCUGGUGCUGGAGGAGACUCUUGAGAGUCCCAUGGACUGCAAGAAGAUCAAACCUCUCCAUUCUGAAGGAAAUCAGCCCUGAGUGCUCACUGGAAGGACAGAUCCUGAAGCUGAAGCUGAGGCUCCAAGACUUUGGCCACCUCAUGAGAAGAGAAGACUCCCUGGAAAAGAUCCUGAUGUUGGGAAAGAUGGAGGGCGCAAGGAGAAGGGGACGACAGAGGACGAGAUGGUGGGACAGUGUUCUCGAAGCGACAAGCAUGAGUUUGACCCAACUGCGGGAGGCAGUGGAAGACAGGAGGGCCUGGCGUGCUCUGCUCCAGGGAGUCACGAAGAGGCGGACACCGCUAAAUGACUAAACAACAACAACAAAGCGCAUAAGGAGAGCCUGUUGGAUGAGGCCAGUGAUGCGUCUAGUCCAGGGUCCUGUUCUCACAGCGGCCAGCCAGAUGCCUAUGGGAAUCCUGGAAGCAGGAUCCGACCACAAGGGCAGCUCUCCGUCUUCCUGAGAUUUCCACCAACUGGGAUUCACAAGCAUCACUUUCUCCAACUGUGGCUAGUAGCCAUCGAAAGCCUGUUCCUUCUAAAUCCUCUUUUAAACCUACCCAAGUUGUUGCCUGUCCUUGUGCGAGGGAGUUCCGCAAUUUAAGCCUGCGCUGUACAAAGAAGCUGCGGUCAGGCAACAGUUGGGUUGCUUUUAUUUUAAUUUUGAUUAUGCGCUUUAUGGUUUUUUAAAAUUGUGAUUUUAUAUUGUGAACCACCCUGAGUCCUGUGGGUAUAGGUGCCACACAAUUAUUAUUAUUACUACUACCACUACUACUAUUACUACUACUAUUACAGUAGUACCUCGGGUUACAGACACUUCAGGUUACAGAUGCUUCAGGUUACAGACUCCGCUAACCCAAAAAUAAUACCUCGGGUUAAGAACUUUACUUCAGGAUGAGAACAGAAAUUGCACGGCAGCAGCGGGAGGCCCCAUUAGCUAAAGUGGUGCUUCAGGUUAAGAACAGUUUCAGGUUAAGAAUGGACCUCCGGAACGAAUUAAGUACUUAACCCAAGGUACCACUGUAAAUAGUAUAGUAAUAAUAAUAAUAUAGUGGUACCUCGGGUUACAGAUGCUUCAGGUUACAGAUGCUUCAGGUUACAGACUCCACUAACCCAGAAAUAGUACCUCAGGUUAAGAACUUUGCUUCAGGAUGGGAACAGAAAUCAUGCUCCGACGGCAGUGGGAGGCCCCAUUAGCUAAAGUGGUGCUUCAGGUUAAGAACAGUUUCAGGUUAAGAACGGACCUCCGGAAUGAAUUAAGAUCUUAGCCAGAGGUACCACUAUAUAAUCUGAAGGUCCACAGAAGUUCUAAGAAUUAGCAUGCAAUAGAGAUGGAGAUGGGCUUAGUCAAAGUCACGGGACUCUUUAGCUAUGUGGGAUAAACGCACACACACCGAAACUGAAAAGUUGUCUCGCUUUCAUCUUCCUGCUUAAAAAUAGCGCCGCCCACAGCAGCUGUUGUGGAAAGGACUUCCGUACUGUGGCCUGAGUCAUCCAGAAUCGCCACAGCCCACAUAAGUCAGGUGCUCAGGGUGAUGCUAAAAGGUCAGGUUCGCCCCCUGAGGGCUGGAUCCGAACCUGGGUCCGCCUCGGAUGCUUAGGGACCAUGCAGAGCAGAACCACAGACACUGCCUCUCAACGCUGCAAGCGCAAUUGGUGGUGACGGUUGCUGGGAGGGUGGGAGCCCGGGAGCCCAACAGUAGGUGGCGCCAGAGAGAAUGGCCAGAUGGUUCUAGCUUGCAGGGCGGCCGAGUUUGCAGGCGCAGCCGCACCUUGGGCCAGUUGUACAUGCCAUGGCGCAUUGGGGUCCAUGGGGCGCUGCCCCCCUCACCUCGGUCAGCCAUGACCCAGCCCUCAUUUGCUUGCUAUACUACUUACAACCAACCUGGGAGCUGAGCUUCUUGCAGAAUUCAGCAAGGAUCAACCCAAGUGUCCUGAUUUUCCAGGAAUGGUCCCGGAUUUACAGAAGCCACCCCGGCUUCUGAUUUCAUAGAAUCAUAAAAUCGUAAAGUUGGAAGGGACCCCAAUGGUCAUCUAGUCCAACCCCCCCGCAAUGCGUGAAUCACAGAUAAAGCAUCCCUGACAGAGGGCCACCCAGCCACUGCUUAUAAACGUCCCAAGAAGGAGACUCUGCCACCUUCCAUCCCAUGGCCGAACAGCUCUUACUGUCAGAAUGUUCUUCCUGAUUUUGAGUCGGAAUCGCUUUUCUUGUGAAAUAAAAAAUUUAAGGUUAUAUAUAUAACUGCAUAUAUAAACCACAUGUCUGAAACCCCACAGAAAAAGUCCUGAAACCAUUUUGUCCCUCCCAAAUUGAUCUCAAAUAUUUCUCUGCAAGGUCGAAGGAAAAUGGAAAAGCCUCCCCGUUGUCUUUUUGUUCACAAUUCCUGUUUUAAGGGUAUGUCUGUCUAUGUAUGAAUAGGGUGAGCCUGUGACCUGGCUCAGGAACUAAGUAUUUGUCAUUACAAAAGACUGGCCAGGCUCCCCAAGGUAUCCAAUCAAGUGAGCAUUAACAGGUAACCUGUCAGACGAGAUAAACAACGCACUCAGAUUUCUGUUGUAGACUGCCUUUUCUGUGAUGUAGGUAUGAAGUUUCUGGGGGUGGUCUUGGACUCCAGGGCAGGCAAUUUUAUAAUGUCUAUAUAAGGGCAGGCACACCUUGGUUCGGGGUCCUCCUCCUUCUCCUGCGUGUGAAGGGGGCACCCUGUUGCAACUGUUCAAUAAAGAUCAGGCUUACUAGAUGCUUUGCUUCUCAAUAUUCUCUGGUUGGCCUCUGUUAUUUUCUCUAACCGAUGGAGAACCUGCAAAGGACUCUAGAAGGGCUCUUGUGUUCCCCAUUAGGGAAUAAGGGCAGAUUUUCAUUCAUUACACUUGUAACCUGAAGCCACAGGUUCGAGUCCUACCCUCCCUAGCUGGAGAAAACAAGAAAGCCACAUCUUCCCAGGUUUUAGGUCCAUGCUUGAAUACUGGCUUCUGAAGCUGGGAUGGGGAGGUGCAUUUCAGGCAAGGUUACCUAUGUUGUUGUUUAGUCAUUUAGUCGUGUCCGCCUCUUCGUGACCCCCUGGACCAGAGCACGCCAGGCACUUCUGUCUUCCACUGCCUCCCACAGUUUGGUCAAACUCAUUCUGGUAGCUUUGAGAACACUGUCCCACCAUCUCGUCCUCCGUCGUCCCCUUCUCCUUGUGCCCUCCAUCUUUCCCAGCAUCAGGGUCUUUUCCAGGGAGUCUUCUCUUCUCAUGAGGUGGCCAAAGUCUUGGAGCCUCAGCUUCAGGAUCUGUCCUUCCAGUGAGCACUCAGGGCUGAUUUCCUUCAGAAUGGAGAGGUUUGAUCUUCUUGCAGUCCAUGGGACCCUCAAGAGUCUCCUCCAGCACCAGAAUUCAAAACCAUCCAUUCUUCGACAAUCAGCCUUCUUUAUGGUCCAGCUCUCACUUCCAUACAUCACUACUGGGGAAACCAUAGCUUUAACUAUACGGACCUUUGUCGGCAAGGUGAUGUCUCUGCUUUUUAAGAUGCUGUCCAGGUUUGCCAUCGCCUUUCUCCCAAGGAGCAGGCGUCUUUUAAUUUCGUGGCUGCUGUCACCAUCUGCAGUGAUCAUGGAGCCCAAGAAAGUAAAAUCUCUCACUGCCUCCAUUUCUUCCCCUUCUAUUUGCCAGGAGGUGAAGGCCCCAGUGGCCAUGAUCUUGGUUUUUUUGAUGCUGAGCUUCAGACCAUAUUUUGCGCUCUCCUCUUUCACCCUCAUUAAAAGGUUCUUUAAUUCCUCCUCACUUUCUGCCAUCAAGGUUGUGUCAUCUGCAUAUCUGAGGUUGUUGAUAUUUCUCUAUAGAGAGAGACAAAAUAUAUUGAGACAGACAGACAGGCAGAUUAUUCCUUAACAGAUGGCUCUCAGACCUAUAUUGGACCCGUCCUCAUCUCUGUCAACCCCUUCAAGCAAAUGCCCUAUUUCACGGACCGGGAAGUGGAACUCUACCAAGGAGCAGUAAGGCCCUGGAGUUGUGGGGCUGGGGGAAUGGGUCGGGGGGCCGCCAGUGGGCACCCCAAUUUCUUAAGGUGGCCGAGCCCCUCCCUGCCCUCUGACACGGGUCUGGCAACAGCAGGAGCCCCGGAUUCACGCCUCUCUGGUGUUCUGUCCUAGGCGCAGUACGAAAACCCGCCCCACAUCUACGCCUUGACCGACAACAUGUACCGAAACAUGCUCAUCGACGGGGAGAACCAGUGCGUCAUCAUCAGGUAAGGAAACGGAGGGUAAAACAGAAUGGAAUCGCUAUCCAUGCUAAAGAGGAUUUGCAGCUGAAAUUGACAGAACCUGCCAAAUCAGCAAGUCCAGCUAGUGAAAUUAGGAGGCAGGAUUGAAGGAGCAUUGGGAAAGGUUGGUCGGUUAUUUUUUAAAAAAUAUGCUUUAAAAUUUUUUUAUUAAAUUUUACAAUUUUAUAUUCAUCACAAUAACAUUAUGCCAAGAAGAAGAAGAAAUACAAUUCCUAACAGACACACCCAACUUCCCUCAACUACCUCUUCUGGUUCUUUACACAUUAACUUCUACUUCUUAUUUUAUUAUUAUUGUUAUAAAUAAAUUUUAGUUCUACCCCGCCCUCCCCAGCCAGAGCCAGGCUCAGGGCGGCUAAUACCAGUAAAAUCACAGUAAAAACAUAAUCGGAAAAGGAAAAAAACCAAUUUAAAAUACAGGUUAAAACGCAAUUUAAAAUGCAGCCUCAUUUGAAAAGUGUCCCAUAGAUCAAAACCGUAAGGGGAGGGAAGCAUAAGGGUCAGACUGAGUCCAAACCAAAGGCCAGGCGGAACAGCUCUGUCUUGCAGGCCCUGCAGAAAGAUCUCAAGUCCCGCAAUAUUAUACCUUAAUAUUGCAUUCUUUAAGCUGAAUAUUGCUAUAUUCUUAGCAUUUUUACACCAUAAUUGUUUUCAAUUUGCCUCUUACACUUUGUUAUUUCCCUGUUAUUACAUCUUGAUCUCUAUGUUUGUUUUGUUGUAAGUGUCUGCUCAAACCCUGCUAGUGAGUCCACUUCUUUACAAUGCUUCUGUAAAUACAACAUAAACGGCUCCCAGUCUUUUUUAAAGUCUCUGUUGUCCUUAACUCUAAGUCUUCCAGGUAGCUUUGCCAUUUCAGCUUAGGCCAUCAUUUUAAAAAAUACUGUAAAAUGUGUUGAGGCGCAAGUAGCCUUAGAGUAAAACCUGUAUUUGAAAAUAUUGUGGAGAAGAGAAGGCACAGAAGGACUGUAACAGGCAACAUUAUUUGGAAAAUUAGGGAAAGCGUGGAGGAGGGCAGAGGGGAAGUCCAAAGUGAAUUGAUUGUUAAUUGGAAAAAGUUGUGUUAAGCUCUUUUGAAAUACAAUCAUACCCCGGGUUAUAGACGCUUCGGGUUGCGCGAUUUCGGGUUGUGCAUCGUGCCAAACCCGGAAGUACAGUGGUACCUCUGGUUGCGAACGGGAUCCGUUCCGGAGGCCGGUCUGCAACAUGAAAAGAACGCAACCCGCAGCUGCACGUCUGCGCAUGCACGGGUUUUGAUUCGCCACUUCUGCACAUGCGCGUUAUGUCAUUGUGCACUUCUGCGCAUGCGUGAGCGGCAAAACCCGGGACGUAACCUGAAAGAACAUAACAUGAAGCGGACGUAACAUGAGGAAUGACUGUACUGGAACGGGUUACUUCCAGGUUUCAGCGCUUGUGCAUGCACAGAAGUGCUAAAUCGCGCUUUGCGCAUGCGCAGAAGCACUGAAUUGCGACCCGCGCAUGUGCAGACACGGCGCUGCAGGUUGCAAACAUGCUUCCCGCACAGAUCACGUUCGCAACCCGAGCGUCCACUGUAUAUAAGUCAUUAUAUAUUGAAUCAUGAUCUGGGUCCUUGGCAGCUAGGAAGCCUCAUGUCCUGGCAAGGUAGAGAGACCGUGGGGUUUAAUCCCCACUCGGUCACUUGCCCACACGUCACGGCCUCUCCCAGGUUUGGGGUUGUCACGAGGGUGAAACCUGGAUGCAUCAGGGCUUCCCUGGUUUGCUUCAGGGGAUGUGGUAGUGGGAGCGACAACUCCUCAUGUUUUUAUCCGCCAUCUAAUCUCACCUCGGGGUGCCACUGAAGACAGUUAGGAAACUCCAGCUAGCGCAGGAUUCAGGGUCCAGGUUGCUUAUUGGGGCAAAACAGGUUGAGCAUAUUCUGGUCCAACUGCCAAUCAGUUUCCAGGCCCAAACCAAAGUGCUGUUUUUGUCCUCUAAAGCAUGGGUAGGCAACCUAAGGCCCGGGGGCCAGAUCCAGCCCAAUCCCCUUCUCAAUCCGGCCCCUGGACGGUCCAGGAAUCAGCGUGUUUUUACAUGAGCUGAAUGUGUCCUUUUAUUUAAAAUGCAUCUCUGGGUUAUUUGUGGGGCAUAGGAAUUCGUUCAUUUCCCCCCCAAAAAAUAUAGUCCAGCCCACCAAAAGGUCUGGAGGACAGUGGACCGGCCCCCUGCUGAAAAGGUUUGCUGACCCCUGCUCUAAAGCCUUAAACAGCUCAGGAUUGCAAUCCCUCCAGGACUGCCUCUCUCCAUAUAAACUGACCCGGACCCUGAGAUCAUCCUCUGACGCCCUUUUUCAUGUGCUUCCUCCAUGUGAGGUCCGGAGGGUAGCAACACAAGAACAGGGCCUUUUCUGUGAUGGCUCCCCGUUUGUGGAAUGUUCUCCCAAGGGAGGCUCACCUGGCACCUUCAUUAUUCUGUUCUGAAAAGAGGCAUUCCCUGUUCCUGAAUAGAUGCGUUCUCCCGUCUCUUGCAUGCCGUAGAUUUUGCUUCUUCUUAGCUCAGGGAACAUCUGUGUAUAAUGAAGGCGCCAGGCAAACUUUCCUGGGGAGAGCUUCCCACAAUUGAGGAGCCACCACAGAAAAGGCCAUGUUCUUGUGUUGCCACCCUCUGGACCUCUCGAGGAGGAGGCACACGAAGGAGGGCCUCAGAAGAUGAUCUCAGGGUCUGGGUCAGUUCCUAUGGAGAGAGGCAGUCCUUGAGAUAUUGUGGCCCUGAGCCGUUUAAGGCUUUCUAGGUCAAAACGCCCAAUAUCUUUGAUUAUUAGCCAUUUGGGAGUGAUAUCUGGAGGACCAGUUUCCUCAUCCCAGCUCUGGCAGAUAGAAGGAGGACUCCUGACUCGCCUGAGCCUCUUUUUUUAUAAAUGGUCAUCACAGUGGCAUAGUUCUGCCUGUCAAGAACGAGCUUAUCUGCCCAGUCUAUCAACCUUCUCUGAAUUCAAAUGGGUGUCUCAUUCGAAUGGCAAGAAAGAGAAACCCAGCAAUCAGGAGACCACUUCAGCCCUCCCCUGAUGAAACAUCUGUGGACCAUCUGGGAUGAUUGAGCAAAUCCAAACUCAGCACGAAGGUUACGCAGACACUAACAUACAAACAUACACACUUCUUCCUCUAGCAGAAGUUCUGCCGUUGCCCUUCAAGCAGAACUCCUGGGGCAGGCGUGGGGUUUUGUUUUUUUACCACGGCUGCAGUGACUUAGGAAGAGGCCUGCUGUUAAAGGAAAAGGAAAAGGAAAAUAUAUAUACUGUAUAAAUUUAGGGCUUGGGGGUUUUGUUUGUUUUUCCCUGAUGAGAUCAUUGCAACAGAUUUGUUGCAAAAUGUUGAGCAACUUCCCCAUUGAAGUCUGCGGCGUUCUAGCAGACGGUUUGCAUUGCAAGCCAAGUUUCAUGGGGCAAAGGGGUGCUUCCAUUAUAACCAAAGAGGGCAUCCUGGGGUCCCCUUAACUUUGGUGAUUUCCCAAACCCUGGGCUUCGAGGGGAGCCGGUGGGUCUCAAACCCUCGGUGAGUUAGGGGCUUCCCCUCCAGGUAAAGACAGACUCCGGCGGACAAAAUGGACGAGACCAAGACUGGGCCCCAUGGUCAAGAAGGCGGUUUCUGCCCGUGCUGUAGAGGGAAGUGUAAUAAACGAAAAUCUGCCCUUAUUCCCUUAUGGGGGACACAAGAGCCCUCAUAGAGUCCUUUGCAGGUUCUCCAUCGGUCGGAGAAAAUAACAGAGGCCAACCAGAGAAUAUUGAGAAGCAAAGCAGCUAGUAAGACUGAUCUUUAUUGAUCUGUUGCAACAGGGUGCUCCCCUCACACGCAGGAAAGGAGGAGGACCCAGAAUCAAGGUGUGUCCGCCCUUAUAUAGACAUUUUAAAUUGCCCACCCUGGAGUCCAAGAGCACCCCCAUAUACAUCAUACCUACAUCACAGAAAGGGCGGCCUACAACAGAAAUCUGAGUGCUUUGUUUACCUCCUGUCUGGCAGGUUACCUGUUAACGCUCACUUGAUUGGAUACCCUGGGGAGCCUGGCCAGUCUUUUGUAAUGACAAACACUUAGUUCCUGAGCCAGGUCACAGGCUCACCCUAUUCAUACACAGACAUACCCUUAAGACAGGGUUUGUGAAGGAAAAGACAAUGGGGAGGCUUUUCCAUUUCCUUCGACCUUGCAGAGAAACAUUUGAGGUCAAUUUGGGAGGGACAAUAUUGGUUCCAGGGCUGUCUUCCUGUGCUGCUUCAGGCAUGUGGUUUAUAUAUUUAUGUACGUGUUUGCUUGGUACAUUUAUGAACAUUUAUUAUAUAUAUAAGACCUUAAUUUUUUUAUUUCAGAAGUGAGGGGCCGGUGGGGCUUGUCUCCUGUCUAGGAGAAGGAAAACGGGGGUCUCAAAUCUCUGCUGCCUUUACAGGAUAUAUUUGGGAGACUAAAGGGCUCAGGAGUGAACCCUACACAAAUCCAGAGCGAAGUCCCUAAGGCAGGCAGGGCUGUCUUAAGCAUAUCCGCCGCCGUGGUGCAAAGCUCCCUACGUUUCCCAGAAUUUUUUAGGGAGGACAGCGCUGCCAGUGGGGCUGGAGGAUGUGGGCAGUGGCUAGAGGGCGGCUCCUCCGGCAGGGAAGAGGCGGAGGCUGGACGUGGCGCCUCCCAGCUCAGCUGGCCACUUUGUGGUGCGGUGGCCACGGCAGACAAAGGCUCUGGGCGCAGUGCUGCUUCAGCGCGGCAUGGCAGAUGCGGGCGAGGGCGGUGAGCUGAUGCCAGGAGGUGCCACAUCCAGCCUCCGCCUUUUCCCUGGCGCCCUCCAGAACCUGGUGCCCUGGCUCCCGUGCCACUAGCCUCUAUGGAUAAGACGGCCCUGGCGGUUGGAGGGUGUUUUGCAUGCCAAACAUGGUGCCAAAUGUCUUGCUCUGCUUUCCUUUGGACACCAGCAAGGCUGAAAGGCGGGUCUUGUCAUCUGGGCAGCCCAGGACCUCCAGACGCACUGACCAAGCUUGGGCCCCGGGGAGGUCAUUUCUGUGCCGCUCACGCAGCGGUUUGACUUCACCCCAAAAAGCACGCUGUCUCUCGAUACAGACGGCAGUCAACAAUGCUGAACUAGGUAGGCCAUGUUGGUCUGACUCUGUAUACAAGGCAGCUUCUGACAUUUUGACGUGUGUGUUUCAGCGGCGAGAGUGGUGCAGGGAAGACGGUGGCCGCCAAAUACAUCAUGGGGUACAUUUCCAAAGUUUCCGGAGGUGGCGAAAAGGUGCAGGUAGGUCGUUUCGCCCUUUGACCCUAUCCCAAGUCUGUGUUUUGUUUCAGUUCUGAAGUCUUGCUUCCUGUCCCAUGGGCUAGGUCUGGGCUCCACAUCUGGCUGGAUGACACACUGAUUCGGGCCGAUUUAGGAUCUGGCUGUGGGUUGAGUCAGGUUCAAAGCAGCCUUAGAUCGCCCCUGCUCAAGUCCGGCCGUCUCCAGAGCAAUCUGGGGCUGUUAGAUGGGUCAGAGGGGCUGCCAGGUCUUCCUUCGCUGGCGUGCUCCCCGCAGGGAAGCUGCUGGGGAUGCGGCGCCCUGCAGGAUCGAACCCUCUGCUCACCAGCCGGCAAGGCUAAUGAAACACAAAUAAAUAAUAAAACCUGAACUGAACAUUCGCCUUGCCCCUGAAUUGGUACAGGUCAGGUUGGGGGUUCCCCAGGUCAGGAUCCUGGGUUGAAUUCAGAGUUAUUUGCUCUGCAAAAGGAGGGGAAAACUAGAUUCAGAAAUGCUGUGAGGGUUUAGGACAACUCAUUUCCAUUUUGCCUUGCUCUCUCUUGCUCAAAUCCACUGAUGUUGGUUUCUCUUCCUUCCAGCACGUUAAAGAUAUCAUUCUCCAGUCCAACCCACUGCUGGAAGCGUUUGGCAAUGCCAAGACUGUCCGGAACAACAACUCCAGUCGAUUCGUAAGUCUCUGCAGGGUCGUUGUUUGGGGAGUGAAGACUUGGAGCUCCAGCUUUGGUUGCUGCUGCUGCCAAUAGGGCAGGAUGGGGGACCUCAAGGCAGGGGACCAAACGCAGCCAAAAUACAUGCUGGGGGGUUUUUUAGUUGAGAUUCCUACACUGAAAAACUGGAUUUGCAAAAUGACCUGCUGUGGGUUGUCUCCUGCUAAGUUCUACUCAGAGAGCACUUGAAACAAAUGGGCCUUGGUGACUCAUGCCCAUUGGUUUCAGUGGGGCUACUCUGAGUAGGGCGAACAUUCAGCACGAGCCUGUGUCUCCGUCUCGCCCUGCCAGGGGAAGUACUUUGAGAUCCAGUUCAGUCGUGGAGGGGAGCCCGAUGGAGGGAAGAUCUCCAACUUCCUGCUGGAAAAAUCCCGUGUGGUGAGCCAGAACGAAAGCGAGAGGAACUUCCAUAUCUAUUACCAGGUAGGAGCUGACGAAGCAGGGCUGGGUCAGUUAAGUGUCUAGAUGUGCAUCUGCCUAAGAAGCACAUCUAAUGUAUUGUUGCUUGCUUGCCUGCCUGCCGUUCUGCAACCAUGCUGGAGUGGCCCUGGCCACCUACUGGUGGCUAGGUGAAGUACAGCAUGGUGACAGCCUUGCAAUUUUAUUGUAAGGUACAAAAUUAAAUAAAAUUGACGGAUUUAAUAAGGCAUAAGUCAAAAAAAUUAAUUCAGAAACAAUGGAAAUGUUUAAAUGAUUAUUUAUACAAGCAGGGCUCAAAUAUGAAGGUUUGGUUGUGUCUAGACUAACCUUGUGAAGAAUACAGAGAACAUAAAGAUUUGAUGGAUUAUGAAAGAAUCUAAGGAAGGGAAAUGAUUGAAGAACAGAUGUAAAUGCGAGUAAGACAAUUAAGAGACGUGUGGUGAAUGCAGUGGAAGUCUUUUAUAAUAUUUAAACUAAGAUUUAUAUAUUGCAGUACAGUGGUGCCUCGCAAGACGAAAAUAAUCCUUUCCGUGAGUCUCUUCGUCUAGUGGUUUUUUCGUCUUGCGAAGCAACCCUAUUAGCGGCUUAGCGGAUUAGCGCUAUUAGCGGUUUAGCGGCUAUUAAAGGCUUAGCGGCUUAGCAGCUUAGAAAAAGGGGGGGGAGCGAAAAAAAUCGCAAGACUCGCAAGACGUUUUCGUCUUGCGAAGCAAGCCCAUAGGGAAAUUCGUCUUGCGAAGCACAUCGAAAAACGGAAAACCCUUUCGUCUAGCGGGUUUUUCGUCUUGCGAGGCAUUCGUCUUGCAGGGCACCACUGUAUUUGAAGCAAGAAUUUGGUAAUAUUUCAGGUUAUGAAAAGUAUUUUUUCUUUUUUUCUUUAUAUCUUUUAUUUUUCCUUUUCUUUCUUUUUAUUUUUAUUUUCAUUUUGGAAAUUCUGUAUAUAAUUGUGUUUACAGUGUUAUGUACUGUUCUUUGUUUUUCUUUGUUUAAUAUAUAUAUAUACAUAUAUGUAUAUAUAUUCCUUCCAGUAGCACCUUAGAGACCAGCUAGGUUUGUUACUGGUAUGAGCUUUUGUGUGCAUGCACACUUCUUCAGAUACCACAGGAAAGCUCAUACCAAUAACAAACUUAGUUGGUCUCUAAGGUGCUACUGGAAGGAAUUUUUUUCUUUUGUUUCGACUACGGCAGACCAACACGGCUACCUACCUGUAACUAGUGAGAAAUUAAAGAAAAGUUCUUGUGCAAGGAGGCACAGGGAUGAGCUCACAACAUGCACCACUGUGCACUGACUGCCCGGCCAGAAGUAGGCAUGGUCAAGCACUUUUCCAUGCCCAAGAUCUGUUAAAAGUGCAACUCCCAAACCUUGAGCAUUAUACCAUCCCUGCUGCCAGUCCAUGCACAAAGAAUAUUGCCUCCUCCAUACAUUCUCUCACCGCAGAAAUCUUCGGUAGUCCUGCCAUCUGUGUUUGUGUUGCGUAUUUUUUCUCCCCCACGUGUCUCGUUUUUCAGCUCAUCGAGGGAGCCUCCCAAGACCAGAAGCACAAUUUGGGGAUCAUGAGCCCAGAUUACUACUACUACCUGUCCCAGUCAGAAACGUACAAAGUGGACGGAACGGACGACCGGAGCGAAUUCCACGAGACAAUGGUGUGGUCAUAUUUUUCCCUUCGCAUCCCGAAUCAUCAAAACCCUGCCAUUUAUUAAUUUCCAUGUUCCCAAAUCUGUAACACCCUUAUACACACCUGCCUCUCUAUCAGCUCCAAUGGGCACCAGCAACCACUGGCUGUUGGGGACGCGGGUGGCGCUGUGGGUUAAACCACAGAGCCUAGGACUUGUCGAUCAGAAGGUCGGCGGUUCAAAUCCCUGCAACGGAGUGAGCUCCCCUUGCUCGGUCUCUGCUCCUGCCAACCUAGCAGUUCGAAAGCACGUCAAAGUGCAAGUAGAUAAAUAGGUACCACUCUGGCGGGAAGGUAAACGGCGUUUCUGUGCGCUGCUCUGGUUCGCCAGAAGCGGCUUAGUCCUGCUGGCCACAUGACCCGGAAGCUGGAUGCCGGCUCCCUCGGCCAAUAAAGCGAGAUGAGAGCCGCGACCCCAGAGUCGGCCACGACUGGACCUAAUGGUCAGGGGUCCCUUUACCUUUUUAACCACUGGCUGUUAUUCGCAGUCAGCUAUAACAUGGACUUCCUCUCUCUCUCUCUCUCCCUCUUUCUUUCUCUCUCUCUCUUUCCUGGGCUUCCCCACACCACCCCAGAACGCCAUGGACGUCAUCGGGAUCUCUGGCCAAGACAAACAGCUCAUCCUACAGAUCACAGCCGGCAUCCUUCACCUCGGCAACAUUGGAUUCCAGGAGCAGGGCAACUACGCCCAGGUGGAGAGCCCAGAUUGUGAGUUGCUUGCCAACCUGCAUUGCAGGGGGGCUGGACUAGAUGAGCCUUGGGUUCCCCUCCAAUGCCACAGUUCUAUGACCCUAUGAAAUAUUGCUCCAAAUGAAGCGGUGCAAAGGGCCUGGGGAACCUCAGGCCCAGAGGGGGAGAAAACAUGGCCUUUCGGGACUCCAUGGCCACGCCCCUUAUAUUUAAACCACGCCCCUUAUAUCUAAACCACGCCCCUCACCAGCCCUGCUUCACAGCUGGAGAGUAGGGUGUGUGUGUGUGUGUGUGUGUGUGUGUGUGUGUGUGUAAGAAAAUAGCCCUAGCCUGGGAGGGAGCAGGAUGUGUUUUUCUCAUGCAAAGUGUCAUUCAAGAGGUAUCGGAGAUAAAUGUUUUAAAAUCGAUUAAUGAUUACCAUGGAUAGAAGAUUAGGACAGCAGGGGUCAGCAAACUUUUUCAGCAGGGGGCCGGUCCACUGUCCCUCAGACCUUGUGGGGGGCCAGACUAUAUUUUGAGGGAAAAAAUAUGAACGAAUUCCUAUGCCCCACAAAUAACCCAGAGAUGCAUUUUAAAUAAAAGGACACAUUCUACUCAUGUAAAAACACACUGAUUCCCGGACUGUCCACAGGCUGGAUUGAGAAGGUGAGUGGGCCAGAUCCGGCCCCUGGGCUUUAGUUUGCCUAUCCAUGUCUUAGAGCAAAAUAUACAAUAGUAUGACCCCCCCCAAAAAAAGACCAUAAAACCUUCAUUCCCUCCCCCCUUUAAUCAUAGAUAUGAGGCAUCCUUAAGACAUAACUGGAAUUUUAAUUACAUAAAAAUCAGGAACCGGGACGGCUUCUGUAAAUCUGGGAGUGUCCCACGAGCACGAGUGGCUGCUUACCUGUGUCUUGCGAAUGGCAGGGGCUGCUUAAAAUGGUGGCCGCUCAAGCGCUGCUGCUGCUGGCACCAUCAAAGCCCAGCCCCCUUCCUCCUCUAGGCAGGGCAGGGAGAAGCCGGGAGGAGGGAGGGAGGGAGGAGGUGCCACCAGUGCCGCCAUGGGAGGGAGACGGAGGGAGAGGGAAAGAAUGCACGCGCUGGUGAUCCAAAUGGCGAUUCCUGGACCGUCUGUGGGCCAGAUCCAGAAGGCAAUUGGGCCUGAUCUGGCCCGCGGGUUUUAGUUUGCCUACCCAGGGGUUAGGCUGAGGGAAAAUGGCAACUGGCCCCCAUGUUCAUCAGGCAACCUUUGUGGCCCAGCAAGGGUGUGCGAACCGAACUACCUUACAAGGUUGUUGUGAAGAUCAUUCCCUAGCCCUGAAGUUCAGGGUUAUGCAGUGGCCGUGAGUUCCACAGGCCUCUCUAGAGAUGCUCAACUGCCUCUCCCUCCCAACUCCAGUACUGGCCUUUCCUGCCUACCUCCUGGGGAUCGACAAGAACCGGCUGAACGACAAGCUGACCAGCCGGAAAAUGGACAGCAAAUGGGGGAACCGGAAGGAGUCCAUCAACGUGACCCUCAACGUCGAGCAAGCUUCCUACACCCGCGACGCCCUAGCCAAGGGGCUGUACUCCCGAGUCUUUGACUUCCUUGUGGAGGUGAGGACUGGCCUCAUCCUGGUCCAGGGUGUUAGGGGAGGCUGGGGCCACUGGGGCAACAGGGAGUCUUGUCUAUCGCUUCCAACUCUGUGGUUCUUUGGAUCCCAAAAGUGUUGGGACAAGAUGGCAGCCCCUUCAUAGCUUCCAACUGGAUGGUGGUGGUUGUUGUUAUUAUUAUUAUUAUUAUUAUUAUUAUUAAAGUAUUAUAAUAAUUUUUUAUUUGUAUCCCCAGCCACUCUGGGCGGCUUCCAACAAAGAUUAAAAAUACAUUAAAAUGUCACACAUUAAAAACUUCCCCGAACAGGGCUGCCUUCAGAUGUCUUCUAAAUGUCAGGUAGUUGUUGUUCUCUUUGACAUCUGGUGGGAGGGUGCCACCACCGAGAAGGCCCUCUGCCUGGUUCCCUGUAACCUCACUUCUCGCAGCGAGGGAACCACCAGAAGGCCAUCAGAGCUGGACCUCAGUGUCUGGGCAGAACGAUGGGGGUGGAGACGCUCCUUCAGGUCUACUGGACCGAGGCCGUUUAGGGCUUUCAAGGUCAGCACCAACACUUUGAAUUGUGCUCGGAAACGUACUGGGAGCCAAUGUAGGUCUUUCAAGACCGGUGUUAUGUGGUCUCAGCGGCCGCUCCCAGUCCCCAGUCUAGCUGCCGCAUUCUGGAUUAGUUGUAGUUUCCGGGUCACCUUCAAAGGUAGCCCCACGUAGAGCGCAUUGUAGUAGUCCAAGCAGGAGAUAACCAGAGCAUGCACCACUCUGGUGAGACAGUCCGUGGGCAGGUAGGGUCUCAUCCUGCGUACCAGGUGGAGCUGGUAGACAGCUGCCCUGGACACAGAAUUAACCUGUGUCUCCAUGGACAGCUGUGAGUCCAAAAUGACUCCUAGGCUGCGCACCUGGUCCUUCAGGGGCACAGUUGCCCCAUUCAGGACCAGGGAGUCCUCCACACCUGCCCACCCCCUGUCCCCCAAGAACAGCACUUCUGUCUUGUCAGAAUUGAACCUCAAUUCAUUAGCCGCCAUAAUCAAAUAUGGAAGGGUGAGACUGGUCUGCUUCCCUCUUCUGACUCUAUGGUACCUUGGAAAGCAAAUAUGGAAGUGUGAGAGUGAGCCAUUCAUCACUUCCAGUUCUAUGGUUCCUUCAAAAUCAUUAAUGGAAGGAUGAGACUUGUUUGGAGAGCAGCCUGUUUCUUGCUUCCAACUCUGUGGUUCUUUGAACACCAAAUAUGGAAGGGAGGAAUAGCCUGAGAGUGUUGGAACAAGAUGGCGGCCCAUUUCUUCCUUCCAGCUCUAUGAUCCUUUAAAAACCGAACGUGAAAAGACGAGAGUUAUUGGAGAGCCGCCUGUUUGUCGCUUCCAGCUCUAUGGUUCUUUGAAAUAGAGGGGUGGGGGGACUAUUCGGCAGGAUCCACCAUUGAUCCUACAUGAUAUCCCUUGAAAACCAUGGAAAGGGUUUACUUGGGCACAUUAAGUCCAAUGGGUUGACUCUGAGUGGAACUUAGCGGGAAGCAACCCUUUGCCUUUAGGAUUAGCGGGUUGGGCAAGAUGGCAGCCUGCUUUGCUGCCGGUUCCUCGGUUGUCCGCUCUGCAUUUGUGCAACCUUCUUGUCAUCCUUCCGCCAUGUUUGGAUGGUAACCAAUCCUCUCUCCUUUGCCUCAAGUCCAUCAAUAGAGCCAUUCAGAAGCCGCACGAAGAGUACAGCGUUGGCGUUCUGGACAUUUAUGGGUUUGAAAUAUUCCAGGUAGGUGUCUUUGUUCCCCCAAGCCACACCCCCUCUCAAGGCCCUGCUCCACACCUCCGUGAGCCUUUUCACGCGGCUGGAAAUGGGUCCUUGAACUCUGAUAAUGCCUCUCGCUUGCUGGGGUGAAGGGUCAAGGGUGGUGUCUCUGUGGGGGGGUGCAGGAGUGACAUUUGCAUGCACUGCCCCGCCCACUUUGACCUCUGGCCCCACCCACCACUGCCAUGUGGCCCCCGGAAUCUUCGCCCAAGGGGAAAACGGAUCACACUUUGAAAAACCACCCCAGGUUUAGAAGAUAGAUGUGGGGGUUUAAUUCUCUCGCCAUCUCCAGAAACCACAAUACACCGAUCGCCACAGUUUGCGACCUGAACUGGGCAUGUCUCUGUUCCCUGUGAUAUUAAUAAUAAUAAGAAUAAUUUAUAUCCCGCCCUCCCCAGCCAAAGCAGGGCUCAGAGCGGCUAACAACAAUAAAAGUAACACAGCAUUCUAAAUUCAAUUCAUUCUAAAAUCAAUUCAGAAUCAAAUUAAUGGCAAUCAUUGGGCUACAGUUCUGCGGGGAUUACCAAAGGAGGGGGUCAGACUGUGCCCUGGCUGAACAGCUCCGUCUUGCAGGCCCUGCGGAAAGAUGUCAAGUCCCGCAGGGCCCUAGUCUCUUGUGACAGAGCGUUCCACCAGAUCGGGGCCACAGCCGAAAAAGCCCUGGCUCUGGUUGAGGCCAGCCUAACCUUCCUGUGGCCCGGGACCUCCAAGAUGUUUUUGUUUGAAGAUCGUAGGGUCCUCUGUGGGACAUACCAGGAGAGGCGGCCCCGUAGGUACAAGGGUCCUAGGCCGUAUAGGGCUUUAAAGGUUAAAACCAGCACCUUAAACCUGAUCCUGUACCCCACCGUGAGCCAGUGCAGCUGGUAUAGCACCGGGUGAAUGUGAUCCUGCGGCGAGGACCCCGUAAGGAGCCUCGCCACGGCAUUCUGCACCUGCUGGAGUUUCUGAGUCAGUCUCAAGGGCAGCCCCACAUAGAGCGAGUUACAAUAAUCAAGUCUGGAGGUGACCGUUGCAUGGAUCACAGUGGCUAGGUCAGGGGUAAUGCCUUUUAAUCUCUCUCCUCCCAUCAGAGAAAUGGUUUUGAGCAAUUCUGCAUCAACUUUGUGAAUGAAAAGCUGCAGCAGAUCUUCAUUGAGCUGACCCUGAAAGCAGAGCAGGUGAGGUCUACGCCAGGGUUCAGAAGGGCCAAUGCAACGCUCCAGACCACUUUAUACACAGAGCCUAGGACUUGCCGAUCAGAAGGUCGGCAGUUCGAAUCCCCUUGACUGGGUGAGCUCCCGUUGCUCAGUCCCUGCUCCUGCCAACCUAGCAGUUCGAAAGCACGUCAAAGUGCAAGUAGAUCAAUAGGUACCACUCCGGUGGGAAGGUAAACGGCGUUUCCGUGCGCUGCUCUGGUUUGCCAGAAGCGGCUUAGUCAUGCUGGCCACAUGACCCGGAAGCUGUACGCCGGCUCCCUCGGCCAAUAAAGCGAGAUGAGCGCCACAGCCCCAGAGUCGGCCACGACUGGACCUAACGGUCAGGGGCCCCUUUACCUUUACUCUUCCCUUGCAUUUUCUUCUGGCUCUUCCCACCUGCAAUAGACAAGUCAUUAAACAUUUAAACGCCUUUAACCGGUUUGUUGCUGAUAUCUAUGCAUGUCACCUUGAAUGUAUUUUAAUAUAGAUAUGCAGAGUCUAAAUGAAAUGAAUAAACAUACCCUGCUGGCUUGCCUGCCCAAUAUUCUGCUGUAAUGCUGGAGCUACUGCAGCCAUCAACUGCAGAGUGAUGACAGCCUUACAACUGUAUUAUAUAGCAAGAAACAAAAAACCCGGAGUUUGGAAAGGGUUUCCUCCCCCAUCCCCUUUCAAGGUGAAAAGAGGGGGUUUUCUAAAAACAAAAUCAACAAGUGUGCCCAUCCCACACAUCAAUCAGGGUGACAUCAAGAGUUAACUCCUCAAUUCUUGAUAUAUUAUGGUUUCUUUAAAAAUAAAAAAACCUCGCAUUUCCAGCUCGUUCUCUUUGCCUUAGGAAGAGUAUGUGCAAGAAGGGAUCAAAUGGACCCCAAUCGAAUAUUUCAACAACAAAGUGGUGUGUGACCUCAUCGAAAACAAGCUGGUAAGAGAGGCCCCCCCCCAAAAAAGUCCCCUUUUACAUAAAAAAAGUGUAAAGGAAUAGUUGAGCAUAGACUGCUAUACCCUGUACAUUUAAAUCACAUGACUUCCUCCAAAAAAAGAAUCCUGGGAACUGUAGUUCACCCCUCAGAGAGCUAUGAUUCCCAGCACCCUGAACCAACGACAUUUCCCGUGGUUCUUUGGCAUUCAUGGGCUUGCGAUGGGUGGUGUGUACACAGCCGUACUCAGAGGACGCCCGUUCAGACUUAAGGGCAUGCGUACCUUAAUUCCAUUCGUUUUAACACAUCUGCUCUGAGUAGAAUUUAAUUGGGUGCGACCCAAAAUGUGUGCAUAGAGUGUCAGGAGGUCAGCCUACACUCGAGUAGGACCCUGGCAGAGACACAUGCCCAUGUUCCCUCCCUCCUGGUCGAUCGUUCGGAAGCUUCAAAAGCUUUCUUCAGCCCGAACAUCACAGCGACUGAUGCCAACAGACACCGGCACACAGAGAUCCGCAGUUUGUGCAGUUGUGUAACAGACCUCAGCAACUCAGCAUUUUGGCUAAUCUACUUUACAUAUAAACACACACGGAGCACUGCAACAUGGCUCCCUCUCUCUCUAGCAUCAGACAGCAAAGAGAAAAAGAACAAAGGACAAUAGUCCCACUUCACGGAACACAGGAACACAAACAUCCUGUCUCUGUCACUUCCCACUCUGUGGAAUGAAAACAUACACCGUCAUGUGAUAGACAGCAAUCCCAUGACUGCAAUCAUGGAGCAGGAAUUCUAACAUAGAGAACAGGCAAAACACAAGGAGGUUGGGUGGAACAAGACCUCCAGCAAGGUUGAAGCAGGACGUAAUUAGCCCCCCUCCACUCUUUUCUUCCAACUCCCAGAAUCCUCCAGGCAUUAUGAGCGUCUUGGACGACGUCUGCGCCACUGUGUACGCCAAGGGCGACGGAGCUGACCAGACACUCCUUCAGAAGCUGCAGUCGGCUGUGGGGAACCACGAACAUUUCAAUGGGUCCAACAUGGGAUUCAUCAUCCACCAUUAUGCUGGCAAGGUCUCUGGAGCUCUGUGGGGCGCUAUUCUUAUCUACAUCAGUGGUUCCCAAUUAGCUAAUUUGCUAUCCUCAUAUUAUUUUACUUUUAAAGCCCAUUUUUAAAUCAAACUCUUGCGGAUCCUUCCCCCCUUCAUUUCAUUUCUGCACAAGCGGCAUCUGCUGGGGAUUCUCUGUUUGUGACUCCUGCAUUGCAGGGGGUUAGACUGGAUGACCCUUGGGGGACCCUCUUCCAACUCCGCCGUCCUAAGAUUCCAUGGCGCUCGUUUCCAGGUGUCCUACGACGUGAGCGGCUUCUGCGAACGCAACCGGGACGUGCUCUUCACCGACUUGAUCGAGUUGAUGCAAAGCAGCGAAUUGUGAGUUGCCGGGAUCCCUGCGGUUGUGAGUUUCCCCAGAAACAUCUGGCAGUUAGAAACAGGCUCUGGGAAUUUGCUAGAUCCAGGAUGGGAAACCAGCAACACUUCUGGGAGGUGAAAUUCAGUGGCUUCUGGAGGGGCUGCAGGUUCCCCUAUCCUUGACAGAAUAAGAUUCAGUCCCUGCAGUAUGCAAGAGAUGGAGAGACACGUCUGUUUAGAAGAGGCACUCAGUCCUGAGCUACAUAGAGAUUAUCUGUUCAGAAGAGGCAUUCUCUCCUCAGGUGUGAGUGAGUCCAGGGCAGCUGUUUAUCAGCUCCAUCUGGUACGCAGGCGGAGACCCUCCCUGCCCGCAGAUUGUCUUCCAGAGUGGUCCAUGCUCUAGUUAUCUCCCACUUGGACUACUGCCAUGCGCUCUAUGGGGGGCUACCUUUGAAGGUGACCCGGAAACUACAACUGACACAGAAUGCGGCAGCUAGACUGGGGACUGGGAGCGGCCGCUGAGACCACAUAACACCGGUCUUGAAAGACCUACAUUGGCUCCCAAUACGUUUCCGAGCACAAUUCAAAGUGUUGGUGCUGACCUUGAAAGCCCUAAACGGCCUCGGUCCAGUAGACCUGAAGGAGCGUCUCCACCCCCAUCGUUCUGCCCGGACACUGAGGUCCAGCACCGAGGGCCUUCUGGCGGUUCCCUCCCUGUGAGAAGCAAAGCUACAGGGAACCAGGCAGAGGACCUUCUUGGUAGUGGCACCCGCCCUGUGGGACGCCCUCCCACCAGAUGUCAAAGAGAAAAACAACUACCAGACUUUUAGAAGACAUCUGAAGGCAGCCCUGUUUAGGGAAGCUUUUAAUAUUUAAUAGGUUAUUGUAUUUUAGUGUUCUGUUGGAAGCUGCCCAGGGUGGCUGGGGAAACCCAGCCAGAUGGGCUGGGUAUAAAUAAAUUAUUAUUAUUAUUAUUAUUAUUAUUAUUAUUAUUAUUAUUAUUUAGAAUAGUUAAUCCCACCACAACCACCUGGGGGCAGUACCACCCACUUUGCGAACCCCUGCUCUAACCACUACACCACACUGGCUAUGCCCAGGGUCAGGGACAAGCAGGGAGGAGGGGAAGUGGGAUGGACAAAAAUAUUUCAGAAUUAACCAGCUGUCCUGAGUCGUGUUGACAACAGGGGACUGUUUUGCCCUGGUGGCAUCAAAGUCACCGUGGUUUGAGGAAGGUAAACCCUACAUGGAAAAGGAAGCUCUUCAGCCCUGCAUAGGGAAGCUUUUUAAGGUUUAAUGUUUUAUUAUGUUUUCAUAUAUGUUGGAAGCCACCCAAAGUGGCUGGGGUAGCCCAGUCAGAUGGGCGGGGUACUAACAACAACAACAACAACUAUUAUUAUUGCCAGAUCCCUCUGUUUGAUCACUGAGAAAAAGCAGGCGAGGGUGGGUUGGCUUUGGGGCUAUGUGUGUACUCUCACACUCUCACCCAGCUUCUGCCUUAAAAAUGGAGCAUGAAGUUUCUAGACCUCAUGAGUGCACUUGGGAAAGUACAUGGCACUGAUUGCUAAUAAUAAUAAUAAUAAUAAUAAUAGUAAUAAUAGUAAUAGUAAUAGUAAUAAUAAUACCAACUCCCUUGGUCUGACUGCCUUAUCUGCUACCUCAGUUCUCUCUUUCGGGGAACGUGGGGUGGGGUUUAUUGGCUUGACAUAACCAGGCCCCCAAACCUUUCGCCUCCCAGCGGGUUCAUCCGGGGACUCUUCCCAGAAAAACUCGACGCGGAUAAGAAAGGGAGACCCACCACAGCGGGAUCCAAAAUUAAGGUGAGUCUUUGUUUGGCCUGAUCCGUUUCAUAGCUGAAGGUAGGAAGCAUUUGCGUGGGAUAAAACUAUCCAUGUAUUAUGAAGUCCAGAAUCGGAGGCAGAAGCGGGAGAGGAGGGAGACCAAGAGGCAGAGAGGAAGUUCGUCUGGUGAAGAGUCACGGAUUUCUCCCCCUCCUGCUGCAACCAACUCCCCUCCCUCUGGUCUCCCAGAACCAGGAGAGGCAUGAAAGGGGCGGAGGAGAGGUUGGCUGCAUGAAGGCAUAGUCUCCGAUUGCUUGGGGAAAGUCCCAGACAGAAGGGAUCUUAGAUGGUUGUGGGGAGGCAGGGACCUUCAAGACCCACUGAAGAAGAGUUGCUGGUGCUGCUGUUCAGAUCCUGCUUUUCCUAAUAAAGAGUUAACCCCGCUUGCUUCCUGCGAUUGACUUCCGGCUCAUUCCUGUCAUUUGCCCCCUGGGCUGGGUAACACCAAAAAACUUGUGUCUUCUGCUGUCCAUCAGGCAAUGGCUUUUCCCACCUGCCUUGCUCCACCGUCCAGCCCAGGAUUUCCCAGACUUGGAUCUCCAGCUGUUGUUGGACUUCAAGUGCCAUCAUCCCUAGCUAGCAGGACCAGUGGUCAGGGAUGAUGGGAAUUGUAGUCCAACAACAGCUAGCCACCCAAGUUUGGGCAAUCCUGAUCAAGCCCUGGGAGCCUUUCCCAGACUUUGAGAACAGCAAAAGCAGCUGGGAAGAGUGCAUUGUGACUUGCCAUUAUUUUUACUUUUUAUAGUUUAGCUAUUCUUUCUUGUAACUGAUAAGUGUAAACUGUUUAAUUAUAAUCUGUUGAUUUAAUUUUAUUGUUUAUUAUUGCAUUCUAAUUGAUUAUUGAAUAUAGCUUUAUUUGAUAUAAGUUGUUUAUUUUAAGGGACACGGAUGGCGCUGUGGUCUAAACCACAGAGCCUAGGGCUUGCUGAUCAGAAGGUUGGCAGUUCGAAUCCCUGCGACGGGGUGAGCUCCCGUUGCUCGGUCCCAGCUCCUGCCAACCUAGCAGUUUGAAAGCACGUCAAAGUGCAAGUAGAUAAAUAGGUACUGCUCUGGCGGGAAGGUAAAUGGCGUUUCCGUGCGCUGCUCUGGUUCGCCAGAAGCGGCUUAGUCAUGCUGGCCACAUGACCUGGAAGCUGUACGCCGGCUCUCUCAGCCAGUAAAGCGAGAUGAGCGCCGCAACCCCAGAGUCGGCCAAGACUGGACCUAACGGUCAGGGGUCCCUUUACCUUUACCUGUUUAUUUAAAAGUUAUUGUGACUUUAUUUGUAUUGGAUCAAAUUGUUAUGGUGAAUGUUUGAUGUUUCAUUAUGUUUUUAUAUGUGUGGCUGGGGCAACAAUGCCAGACGGGCUGGGUAUAAAUAAUAAUAUAAUUAUUAUUAUUAUUAUUAUUAUUAUUAUUAUUAUUAUUAUAAUUAUUAUUUCCCUAAAAGAGGCAGGCCAAUGAUCUGGUGAACACCUUGAUGAAGUGCACCCCCCACUACAUCCGCUGCAUCAAGCCCAACGAGACCAAGAGACCAAGAGACUGGGAGGAGAGCAGGUAAGAAAGGAUGGUGGGAGACCCAGAUCUGAGAACUGAGAACUGAGAACAUGAGGAGAAUCCUGCUGUGUGACAUUUUAAUGUAUUUUUAAUCUUUGUUGGAAGCCGCCCAGAGUGGCUGGGGAAACCCAGCCAGAUGGGCAGGGUACAAAUAAUGAAUUAUUAUUAUUAUUAUUAUUAUUAUUAUUAUUGAAUGUCUCAUCUCAGAAGAGGCAUUCUAUUCUGGUUGAGAGAGGGAGAAUGUGGAUUGCAAAACCCUGUCUUAGAAAAACCAUUCUCUCUUCGGUGGGAGGAUGAGGAAUGAGAAAGGCAAGCUGUGUCUUAGAAGAGGAUGACAAGAGGGGAGCAGAGAUUCCCUUAAGAGAGGCAUUCCCUUCUCAUAUAUAUAUAUAUGUUUUUUUAACAUAUCAUUUCCAACAUUUAUAUAACAUAAUUUCUUAUCUUAUACAUUAUUUUUAACUUCCGUCAACGCCUCUGAUGAUUUUCCGUUUUUAUCACUUAUUCUGCAUUUCUUAAUUUCUCUAUUACACUUAAUUAUCAUUAACCAAUAAUUCUCCUCAUAAUCUUUCUUGCAAUAUUUCAAAUAGUCCACCUUACAAAACUUCUUGCAGUCCUACUAGCGUAAUCUGUUCAUCACAAUUACUUUUCAAAUAGUUCAUAUAUUUGCUCCAGUCCUCUAAGAAUCUCUGGUCCCGCAGGUUUAGAAUCCUUCCUGUUAAUUUAUCUAGUUCUGCAUUGUCCAUCAAUUUCAUCCUCCAUUCUUCUUUUGUCAGUAGUUCUUCUUGUUUCCAUUUUUGUGCCAAUAAUAUUAUUGCUGCCGUUAUCGCAUAUAAAAACAACUUACAAUCCUGUCUAUUUAUAUCAUCUCCUACAAUGUCAGAGAGGCAAAGAAAGAAUUUCACAAAUGCAUAUAUCUUAAGAGACGUUACCUUCUGGGUCAGACAAAAAGGCACACAGGGUAUCCUACAGGAGGGAGAUUGGAAUGCCUCUUCUAAGACAUUUACAGCACUCUAAUUGGAAGAAAUUUAAAGAUUACCUACAGAAACAUUGCAAAAUUAAAGAAUGUUAGAGUGAUGAUGGAUUGAAAUUAAGUGGUUUCUAGCUGCACAGGCGUUAAAGUUAUAUACAGACUAAGAUUAAGGAUUAGGCAUAAAAAGGUUAAAAGAACGGAAAAUUGGUUAUUAAUAGAUAAGAAUUUAAUGUUAUACCAUAUUAAGAUUAAGGAUUGGGAUUAAAAAAAGAGGGAAAGAAAUUGCUGGACAAACAUAUUGAACUGGAAUACAAAAGAGGGAGGUAUGAGGAGGUCCAGAAAAUAAGUAAAUUCAAAAGUGGUGAUGAAAAGAUGGUAUUGUUUUUAACUGUUUUGUCUUUUCUUUUUUUGUUUUGUUUUUUGCAUUUUGUAUUGUCUAUUUUUGUAUUGUGUAUUUUUCUUUUUACUUUUAAAUUCUUUUUUUUACUGAUGUGUGUUUUUUUAAUUGGAAACUUUAAUAAAUAUCAUUAAAAAUAAUAAUAAUAAGACAUUUACAGCACUCUCUUGAAAACAAAGAACCAAGGCAGCUCUUCCUCUCUUUCAGGGUGAAACACCAGGUGGAGUAUCUGGGGCUGAAGGAGAACAUCCGAGUCCGCAGAGCGGGCUUCGCCUAUCGCAGGCUCUUCCACAAAUUCCUGCAGAGGUAGGCAGAGACCAGAGUGGCGGGGAAAACUCAGCCAGAUGGGCGGGGUAUAAAUAAUCAAUUAUUAUUAUUAUUUUAUUAUUACUUCCUGGGGGUCGGAAGCGGGGAGGGGCUGCCGGGCUGGGCUUCCAUGCUUUUUCACCUUUAUAACAGAAGGUGGGUUCUGCAGACCCCCACUACACCCCUGUUAAGUAGUGGGUGGACAUAGCAGAUGUCACAGAGAUUUCUCCAAGUACAGUGGUGCCUCGCAAGACGAAAUUAAUUCGUUCCGCGAGUUUUUUCGUCUUGCGGUUCUUUUCGUCUUGCGAAGCAUGGUGUCAGAAAAGUUUUGCAAAAGCUUCAAAAAUCACCAAAGUCUUCAAAAACGUCAAAAAAGGCUACCACACCGCGUGCUAUGCGUUGCUCCUCGAAGUCAAGUCGCAACUGUAUUAACGGUUUUAAGAAAAAGGAAACAAACUUGCAAGACGUUUCCGUCUUGCGAAGCAAGCCCAUAGGGAAAAUCGUCUUGCGAAGCAACUCAAAAAACCAAAAACCCUUUCGUUUUGCGAGUUUUCCGUCUUGCGAGGCAUUCGUCUUGCGAGGUACCACUGUAGUUCUUUAUAAGUAAGCUGGAACUGGGUUGCGUUCUGCUCAUGUUGCAAACGAGGCUCCAGAACGGAUCCCGUUCGCAACCAGAGGUACCACUGUACACAAUACCCCUGGUGGCCAGGGGGAGAACUUCAAUCCAUAACAGUCCCCAUCUCAUGUUACAAUCCCCCUCUUUGCCUUUGGUUCUACUCUCCCAGGCUGGAAAAAAGCCCCCACUCCGACCCCCCCCCCAGGUUAGAGCCUCCUAGCAAAAGCCUCAGGGUACACGCCCAGCGCACAAAUCUGCUUAUCAUUUGCAUAUGGUGAUCUAGGCACAUAUACACACCUCUGGGCAAAUUAAGAUGGCAGGCGGCUGCGUUUCGCUAGCAAGGUGAUACGCAGGGCACCCCAAAAGCACAGUUUUAGCAGAAUAUUAUGGGGGGAGGAGAAGGCAGCAGGUUUCAGAGCCCUCUAGACUACCCACCGCUAGGGCUGAGCGAUAUAUAUAACCAAAAACCAGUUUCAAGUCCAUAUUAGAAGACAGUAUUGGUUUCAGAAUUAUUAUUUUUUUUUAUAAUGAUAUUUAUUAAAGUUUCACAAAAUUAUACAAAACAAAGAAAAAAGUAUAAAGUACAGCAAAAAAGUAGAAAAUAAGAAAAAACAUACAAAAUAAAACAGUUAAAAACACAAUAAUGUUCCAUAACCUAUCUUCCUUACUUGUGCAAAAUUUACGAUGCGGGGGGAAACCGUGAAGCCUCUACCUGGCUCCACCCUUAUUUCAGACAUGGUGAUAUAUCAGUAUAUUGCGAUGUUUAGCUGGUGUUAAAUAGGGUUAUCAGAUUUCCCCGUUUCCCGGGGACAGUCCCCGGAUUUGCGACUAAGUCCCUGGACAAAUUGCAUCCCCGGAAUGUCCCCGGAUUUCAUCUAAUGUCCCCGGGAAACGCAGCAGUGGCAGUCUCAGCAGCCCGGAGCAGUUGGCUCUGGCUGGCUUCAGGAGCUGCUCGGAAGUCCCCAUCUGAUGGUGGUGCAGGGGCUCUAAGACGCAGCUUCCGGGCUGCCUCCGCCUUCCCUGACCCCAGCAACUAAGCUGUGAAGGGAGGCUUCACGCUGCCUAUCGGAGCAGCCUCCCAACUCCUACUUGCGCAAGCAGGAGGGGGCAGGGAUCUCUCAGGUAGGCAAAGGGAAGCCUCCCUUCUCAGCUGAGGGAUCCCCGCCCCCUCCUGCUUGCACGCAAGUAGGAAUGGGAUUGGGGCUGCUCCAAUGGGAAGGGAGGCAUCGCGCUGGCCUAGCCACCACCGCUGCUCUCAACCCUCCUUCUCCGCCUUCCAUGCCUGACCCACCGCACACCGCUUCCCCACCACCAAAGAACCAACACCUCAGGGGCUGCCCAAGCUCAUGGAGAAAGGAGAUAGAUGCCUCAGAGGAAGGGGAAACGUGGCGGUUGAGGUCAAGGCGGCAGCCGCCCCUCUGCCACCGCCAUCGCUGCAUCAUCAAUGUCCCGAACGUGUAGUAUUUAUUUAUUUAUUUAGUCCCUGGAUUCAUUGAAAAAAAUCUGGUAACCUUAUGUUAAAAGCCAGGUCCCUCCCAGCCCCCCCCACCAACGACGCCCCCCUACUUUCCCAUUCCUGCUGGGAUUCCCCAAUAUCUCCAGGUGCCUUUGCGGCGCCCUGAGUGUGUUUGCCCCCUCCGGCAGGUACGCCAUCCUGACCCCAGAGACGUGGCCCAGGUGGCAGGGAGAUGAGCGCCAGGGGGUCCAGCACUUGCUGCGGUCCGUCAACAUGGACGCGGAUCAGUACCAGAUGGGCCGCUCCAAGGUUUUCGUCAAGAACCCCGAGUCGGUAAGCAGAACGCUCUGGUGUCGGAGGAUCUGGGACUUGGGUUCAGGUUUGGCUGUUGUGUAAGCCAGGUUGCACGAUCCGGACGGCCUUGCUUUUUUUGCUACUCCUCCGUUUCGCCUGAACCCACUAGGCUACACUCCCCCUGUGCCCACUCUGCUCUAGUCUGUGGCCAUCCUGGCUGGGAGCUGGAGUCUGGAGGAAGAGGCAGCCCAGGCAAGUGAAGCUGCUUCCCAACCUUCUAAUAAUAACAAUAAUAAUUUCAUUUAUAUGCCACCCAUCUGACUGGGUUCCCCAGCCACUCUGGGCAGCUUCCAAUAAAUUAAAACACAGUAAGAUAUCCAACUUUAAAAACUUCCCAAUACAGGGCUGCCUUCAGAUGUCUUCUAAAAGUCAAAUAGUUGUUUAUUUCCUUGACAUGUGGUGGGAGGGUGUUCCACAGGGCGGGUGUCACCACCGAGAAGGCCCUCUGCUUGGUUCCCUGUAACUUCACUUCUUGCAGUGAGGGAACCGCCAGAAGGCCCUCAGAGCUGGGCCUCGGUAUCCGGGGUAAACGAUGGGGAUGGAGAUGCUCCAGGUAUAGAGGACCAAGGCUGUUUAGGACUUUAGCACCAACACUCUGAAUUGUGCCCAGAAAUGUACUGGGAGGCAGUGUAGAUCUUUCAGGACUGGUGUUAUAUGGUCCCAUCAGCCGCUCCCAGUCCCCAGUCUGGCAGCCGCAUUCUGGAUUAGUUUCAGUUUCUGAAUCACCUUCCAAGGUAGCCCCUCACAGAGCGCAUUGCAGUAGUCCAAGCGGGAGAUAACCAGAGCAUGGACCACUCUGGUGAGACAGUCUGCAGGCAGGGAGGGUCUCAGCCUGCAUACCAGAUGCAGCUAAAUCCCCUCUUCUCUGGGGCUAUUUUUGAGCAAUCAGAGACUCUGCCUGUGUGAAGCCAACCUCUCCUCUGCCCUUUUCAUGCCUCUCCUGGUUCUGGGAGACCAGCAGGGAGGGGAGCUUCUCGCAGCAGGAGACUCUUCACCAUCUCUGUCUCUUGGCCUCCUUCCUCUCCUGCUGCAGCCUUUGAUUCUGGACUGCUCUCUGCCACAGACUCUCCCUGCUCACUAAGCCUUGUUAUUUCUUCCACUUUUGACACCUCCCCAUCCAAGUCUUCUCCCUCAUUGUCAUCCCACCCACCCCUCUCCCCGGGCUCUGAGCCUCCCUCCCUUGGGGGUCCCCCGGCUGGUUCCUCCCACCCUUUAUCUGCAUCCAACUCAUCCCUGAGAGAACCCUAGCAUAUUUUGCUGGCGCCGGGAGCCCUGCCGAUUCCCAGGACUCACAACACCAACAGAAAUAAAUCUGGGCAUCAGCCACAUCUAAGUGGAAGACAUCUUCUUGUACCCUUUAAAGAGGAUUUGGGUGGAGCAUGGGGGAAGUUCAAUGGGAAGGGGAAAUGGGUUCCUCCCCACCCCCCGUUAGUUUUGGAUAGAUCGCCUUCUGAUACAAUCCUUUAGUUCUGUUUCUCUCUCCCUCCCACCUUCAUCGCCACUCAGCUCUUUCUGCUAGAGGAGAUGCGAGAACGGAAGUUUGACGGAUACGCCCGGGUAAUCCAGAAAGCUUGGCGACGCCACAUCGCGAUCCGGAAAUACGAGCAGAUGCGGGAAGAAGGUAAGGUGUGUGCACAAACACUCCAAUGUUUCAGGGAGGGUGGAGAGAGAAGCAGGGUGGUGAUGAUGAUGAGAGAGGGGGGGGGAGGUCAUUUAUCUCCCUUUCCCACCACCCUGAAGAAGGCCUUUAAAGCAGUUUAUAGCCAUUUUAACAAGGUCUCUGCCCCAAGGACAUUACAAUCUAAUUACAUUUCAUCCAAGUGGGAGUGGUGGAAGGGAGGAAGUAAUAAUAAUAAUAAUAACAAUAAUAAUAAUUUAUACCCUGCCCAUCUGGGCAGCUCCCAAUUGAAUAUUAAAAACACAAUACAGCAUUAAACAUUAAAAACUUCCCUAAACAGGCCUUCAGAUGUUUUUUAAAAGUAGGUUUGUUGCUUAUUUCCUUGACAUCUGCCGGGAGGGCUUUCCACAGGGCAGGUGCCACUACCGAGAAGGCCCUCUGCCUGGCUCCCUGUAACCUCACUUCUCGCAGGGAGGGAACCACCAGGAGGCCCUCCGUGCUGGACUUCAGUGUCUGGCAGAACGAUGGGGGUGGAGACACUCCUUCAGGUAUACAGGGCUGAGGCCAUUAAUCAUCAUCAUCAUCAUCAUCAUCAUCAUCUGGUCAGAAAGACAAGCACAUUAUGUAAGCUUAAGAGACUAGCCCCUCGUGGUUUUAACUUUGCCUGUGUGUUUGUAGAACUGGUCGGAAACAUGAGCAGAGUGUGCAGUCUUAAGGGCUAGCACCUUGGCUUUUCAAUUUUGCCUGUGUGCUUUUAAAGCUGGUCAGAAGCACAAGCACAGUAUGCAGCCUUAAGGACUAACGCCUUGCAUUUCAAAUUUUGUCCAUGUGGUUUUAAAACUGGUCAGAAACACGUACAAGGGUAUGCAGUCUUAAGGACUAGCUCCUUGCAUUUUUCAUUUUGACCAAGGCCAGGUCUGCCUGGCCGCUUUUCAAACCGGCCUCUUCUUUUCCUCCCAACCGCAAAGCAUCUCACAUCCUGUAUAACUUCAAAGAGAGGCGGCGCAACAGCAUCAACCGGAACUUCGUGGGGGACUAUUUGGGCAUGGAAGACAAGCCUGAGCUGCGCCAGUUCUUGGCCAGGAGAGAGCGGGUCGAUUUUGCCGACUCCGUCACCAAAUAUGACAGGCGGUUUAAGGUAAGGGGGAGAUUUCCCCUUCCAAAUCCUUUAUCCAGAGUCCUACCCUUCCAUUAGCACUGAAAUGUUCACAAACACCGCCUCUGUUUUACCUUGCCAGUGUUCUGUGCAAGGUAGAUCGGAGCGUUUAAUCCCCAUUUCACAGAUGGGGAAGAUCGAGGGAGAAUGGGAUGCCUAAGAGCCACUCAGUCAGUUUCACGUGAGAUUCGAACUCAGGACUUCCUUGUUCGUAGCUGAAAUUUUUGCCCAGUACAUAUUGGUUUUUGAGUUUAGGGGGAAGGUGAGUAAGGGUGGAUGGGACACGCUCCCUUCGAGAGGUCGUGGCAACCAACUUCUCCUCCUCAUCAUCAGCCCAUCAAGAGGGACUUUAUCCUGACUCCCAAAUACCUCUACAUGAUCGGCCGGGAGAAGGUGAAAAAGGGUCCUGAGAAAGGUCAGAUCCGAGAGGUCCUGAAAAAGAAAGUGGAGGUCCAGGCUGUCAACAGAGUGUCCCUCAGGUGAGAUGCCACAUUCUUCGUUUGGGCCACUUUCCCUCUUUGUUGUUGUUUAGUCGUUUGGUCGUGUCCGACUCUUCGUGACCCCCUGGACCAGAGCACGCCAGGCACUCCUGUCUUCCACUGCCUCCCGCAGUUUGGUCAGACUCAUGCUGGUCGCUUCGAGAACACUGUCCCACCAUCUCGUCCUCCGUCGUCCCCUUCUCCUUGCGCCCUCCAUCUUUCCCAACAUCAGGGUCUUUUCCAGGGAGUCUUCUCUUCUCAUGAGGUGGCCAAAGUCUUGGAGCCUCAGCUUCAGCUUCAGGAUCUGUCCUUCCAGUGAGCACUCAGGGCUGAUUUCCUUCAGAAUGGAGAGGUUUGGUCUUCUUGCAGUCCAUGGGACUCUCAAGAGUCUCCUCCAGCGCCAGAAUUCAAAAGCAUCCAUUCUUCGGCGAUCAGCCUUCUUUAUAGUCCAGCUCUCACUUCCAUACAUCACUACUGGGAAAACUAUAGCUUGAACUAUACAGAACCUUUGUUGGCAAGGUGAUGUCUCUGCUUUUUAAGAUGCUGUCUAGGUUUGUCAUUGCUUUUCUCCCAAGAAGCAGGCGUCUUUUAAUUUGGUGACUGCUGUCACCAUCUGCAGUGAUCAUGGAGCCCAAGAAAGUAAAAUCUCUCCCUGCCUCCAUUUCUUCCCCUUCUAUUUGCCAGGAGGUGAUGGGUCAUUGCCAGUGGCCAUGAUCUUCCUUUUUUUGAUGUUGAGCUUCAGACCAUAUUUUGCGCUCUCCUCUUUCACCCUCAUUAAAAGGUUCUUUAAUUCCUCCUUACUUUCUGCCAUCAAGGUUGUGUCAUCUGCAUAUAUGAGGAUGUUGAUAUUUCUUCCGGCAAUCUUAAUUCCGGCUUGGGAUUCAUCCAGCCCAGCCUUUCGCAUGAUGAGUUACUUUCCCUCUAAGCCACCUCUAAGCUUCUUCCCUGAAAACUGAAGCAAGAUUCUAGUCCUCAUUGUUUUGAACAAAGGGUUGGUUUAAACAGGAAGCUGAGUUGUAGAACUUGGAGGGACCCCAAGAGUCAUCUAGCACAACCCCUGGAAACGCAGUAAUCUUUUGCCCAAUGUGGGGCUCGAACCCACAACCCUCCAAUUCAGAGAAUUGAAAUGGAAUGGUCCUCUGCUCCGCGCUUGGCCAUCUCGGGGUCAGAGGGACUCCCUGCCACUCUCCCUCUCGACCCACCCACUUCAUCCCUCUCCCAAGAGAACUAACGCCUUCUUUUCUCUGGCUGUUUCCUGUUUUGUUUUGUUUUUCCGGUGACCACAGCACGAGGCAAGACGAUUUCUUUGUCCUCCACGAAGCCGAGGCCGACACGUUCCUGGAAUCCAUCUUCAAGACGGAGCUCAUCAGCCUGCUCUGCAAGCGCUACGAAGAGGCGACCCGCAGCAAACUCCUCCUGAACUUCAACGACACGUAAGCAGGACGGCCAGCGACACACAAGCACACAAACCGCCCCUUUCCCAAAGUGUCGCUGGGAAAUAGACCCGGUUCCCCUCCUCAGCCCUGCCGUUCCAACUCAGAACCCCUCUAAAACAGCAGUAGCACUUUCCGCAAUAUGUAUUAGGUGAAAAGUAUGAUAUUAUGCGGGAUGCGGGUGGCGCUGUGGGUUAAACCACAGAGCCUAGGGCUUGCCGAUCAGAAGGUCGGCGGUUCGAAUCCCUGCGACGGGGUGAGCUCCCGUUGCUCGGUCCCUGCUCCUGCCAACCUAGCAGUUCGAAAGCACAUCAAGGUGCAAGUAGAUAAAUAGGUACCACUCCGGCGGGAAGGUAAAUGGCGUUUCCAUGCGCUGCUCUGGUUCGCCAGAAGCGGCUUAGUCAUGCUGGCGACAUGACCCAGAAGCUCCCUUGCCGGCUCCCUCAGCCAAUAAAGUGAGAUGAGCACCGCAACCCCAGAGUCAGCCACGACUGGACCUAAUGGUCAGGGGUCCCUUUACCUUUAAGGGAAAGUGGGACAUUCCAGGAUCAAGUCAGAAACUGGAAUGGCUUCUGUAAAUCUGGGACUAUCCCGGGAAAACAGGGUCACUGGGAGGGUCUGCAAUUGUGGCCUUCUUUUAGUGGGAUGGGGUCAGCAUGUCCUGAGCUAUCUGUUUAGCUGUCUUUAAUAUUUUUAUUGGAUGUCCUUAAAUGGUUCAAACUGCAAGUCACUUUGGAUGUGAGAGAAACAAUGAACAAAUAAGGUUUUUGUGGAUCUAAUCGUUUCCCCUGCCUCUCCUUCUCUCCGUCCCUCAGACUACAGUUCCGUGUGAAGAAAGAAGGGUGGGGAGGAGGGGGCACCCGGACGGUGUCGUUCGUGAGUGGACAGGGCGAUGUGGCAGCCCUCAAAGCAAGCGGCAAGACACUGACCAUAUCCAUUGGGAGCGGCCUCCCCAAGAACUCCAGUAAGCAGGGGCUGAGUGGGGGAUUCCCUUAUACAGAGCUGCCUUCAGAUGUCUUCUAAAAGUCAGAUAGCUGUUUAUCUCCUUGGCAUCUGUGUUUCACAGGGAGGGUGCCACCACCGAGAAGGCCCUCUGCCUGGUUCCCUGUAACCUCACUUCUCGCAGGGAGGGAACCACCAGAAGGCCCUUGGAGAUGGACGAUGGGAUUGGAGAUGCUCCUUCAGGGCCAAUUCCGUUUAGGGCUUCAAAGUCCAGCACCAACACUUUGAAUGAUGCUCAGAAACGUACUGGGAGCAGGUCUUAUAUGUUCUCAGCGGUCACUCCCAGUCACCAGCGUUCUGGGUUGGUUGUCGUUCCCUGUAACUUCAGUUCUUGCAGUGAGGGAACCACCAGAAGGCCCUCGGAACUGGACCUUGGUGUCCGGGCUGAACGAUGGGGGUGGAGACACUCCUUAUAGAGAGCCAAGGCUGUUUAGGACUUUAGAAGUCAGCACCAACACUGAAUUGUGCCCAGAAACGUACUGGGAGGCAGUGUAGAUCUUUCAGGACUGGUAUUAUAUGGUCCCAUCAGCUUCUCCCAGUCCCCAGUCUGGCAGCCCCAUUCUGGAUUAGUUUCACUUUCUGAAUCACCUACAAAGGUAGCCCCAUGGAGAACACAUUGCGGUAGCCCCAGCAGGAGAUAACCAGAUCAUGGACCACUCUGGUGAGACAGGGAACAGGCAGGGAGGGUCUCAUCCAGCACACCAGAUGGAGCUGGUAGACAGCUGCCUUGGAGGCAGAAUUGACCUGCACCUCCAUGGACAGCUGUGAGUCCAGAAUGACUCCCAGGCUGCCCACCUGGUCCUUUAGGGACACAAUUACCCCAUUCAGGACCAGGGAGUCCCCCACACCUGCCCGUCCCUUGUCCCCCCAAAACAGCACUUCUGUAUUGUCGGGAUUCAACCUCAAUUCAUUGGCCACUAUCCAUCCUCCAGCCGCUCACACAGGACCUUCACUUCCUUCACUGGUUCCGAUUUAAACGAGAGGUAGAGCUGGGUAUAAUCCGCAUGAAAGGUGCACCCUUUUGCAGAAUUUUAUCCCAAUUCCAGGCCAAGGUGAAUGUGAAAUCUCUUCCUCUCUUCCUCCAGAGCCAACACGGAAAGGGGCCCUUCAAAGCAGAGGCCGCCACAAGCAGGCAACGCCGUCGCGAGCCGCCCCAUCAGCCCCCAGAGGUAAGCCUGGCCAACGGUGCUUCUUGGAGGAAGGGAGAAAAAUGCACAUUCAACAUGGCAUGUCCUGUUGGAGUCCCAGCAGCCAGCAUGGUCAAUGGUCCAGGGGGUUCUGCAAAGUGGAGUCCUGGAACAUCCAGGAAACCACAGAAUUGCCCAUUUCUGACCUAAAGGUAGAGGAUAAAGUACUGUGCCAGGCAAGGAUCCCAGAAGAUCCACUUGCUCAUUUGCAGACCUUGAGCCAGUUUCAGUAUGCCCAGCUAACCCGUUUUGCGGGGUUACCUUGUCUCACAUAGACUAGCUGGGAAUUUCAACCUGCAUUCUUCCUCCAUGAGGUCUAGUAACCUGCCCUCUAUUUUUUAUUGGCCUGGAUGAAAGCUCAGAUUCGCUCGUCAUGUUUUCUUUAAGCUGUUUUCAAUACUGAAGUUUAAAUCGCUGUGACCCACCCUGGGGGCCUGUUAGUGAAGGAUGGGUAAAAAAAAUUUGGUUGUUUUUAUUAUGUAAUUUGUGCUUUUAUAUUGUGAUUUUAUGUUGUAACUGCCCUGAGACCUGCAGGUAUAGGUGGUACACAAAUUUUAAUAACAACAAUAUUAUUACUAAUAAUUGGGGCAUUCAUCACAAUCUAACUCACCUGUGGUGAGCUGACAGUUUGCUCCAGGCGACCAGGCAACAAAUGGCUCAGGUUGUACGUAGCUGAGCAAAACCAGCACGAAUCUCUGCAGAGUUUAUUUGCUAAGGCUUCUGUAACGCCUCCGGUUUAGGGGCGCCCCCUCAAGGUACAUGCAGGAACGGAGCGCCACAAUUUGCACGCAGCACCAGGUCCCAGGAACAGACCUACAGCGCCCCCAAGAGGCCUGGACAAGUGCCCCCGGCCAGUGCUCUCCCCAGACAGGGCAUGACGCGGCGGGCAAAGGCGAGGACGCCCUCGGACCACAACAUGGAGUUCCUCAACGUUCCAGACCAGGGAAUGGCAGGGUAUGAGUUGAUUUUGAAACCUAUCACCUGCCCCAGGGUGCCCUAUGUGAGGAAAGCUGUUUCCAUCCCCCUUUGCUGGCAAUAUUAUUAUUAAAAGGUAAAGGGACCCCUGACCAUUAGGUCCAGUCACGGACAACUCUGGGGUUGCGGCGCUCAUCUCGCUUUAUUGGCUGAGGGAGCCGGCGUACAGCUUCCAGGUCAUGUGGUCAGCGUGACUAAGCCACUUCUGGAGAACCAGAGCAGCGCACGGAAACGCCAUUUACCUUCCCGCUGGAGUGGUACCUAUUUAUCUACUUGCACUUUGACGUGCUUUCGAACUGCUAGGUUGGCAGGAGCAGGGACCAAGCCACGGGAGCUCACCCCGUCGCAGGGAUUCGAACUGCUGACCUUCUGAUCGGCAAGUCCUAGGCUCUGUGGUUUAACCCACAGCGCCACCUGCGUCCCUAAUAUUAUUAUUAUUAUUAUUAUUAUUAUUAUUAUUAUUAUUUGCAAACCACUUGGAGGUUUUACUUACGAUCAAGAAGCAAAAGGUAGAUUUUGAUAACAAAACCAUAAGGACUAGAAUCAUGGGGUCGGCUUGAAAAUUAAACUGAACUUAUUGGGAACCAUAGGAAUCAACUCCUAGGGUCUGAGGUCCCUUGGCCCCUCCACAUUUUUGUUUUUAUUUUGCCAAAUAAUUUUUAUUCAUUUUAACAAAUCAAUACCCAAUUACAUCAAAUUUAAUGCAGUUUUUCCACUCUUCAUUGUCUAUGUGUUUCAUCUUUCCUCUAAUUACUGCUUUAUAUCAGCCAUUGAUUUCUAAUUCACAUUCCGUUCCUUAUACUUAAUCUUCAAUUCCAGAUUUUAAAAUUUAUUUCCCCCCUCCCUUCCCCCUUCCCCCUCAGCCGUCUAUUUAUCAGUCCCUGCUUGUAUAAUUACUUAUUUCCUUAAAAAGAAAAACAGAAAGAAAACAAAUGAGGUUACUCUGCUGCUUGCCUCUCCACCUUAAAACAUUACUUGUAUAUACCCAGAUGGGCAGGGUAUAAAUAUAAUUAUUAUUAUUAUUUCUAUAUUAUGUUUUUCUUUUCAUCUUGCUUGUGUGAUUAUCUGGAUCUGUCUUUUCGUCUGCCGUUCCUCCUUUUAUUUUUUCCCCCAAUUUUUUUUUAUUGAUUUUCCACAUUUAUCACAAAAUGACAUACAUAACAAAACACACAACAACAAAAAACAUACUACGAUACAAUAAAAUUAAACACAGAGAAAAAUUAUUUCUUCAAAUACCUAAUUCUCUUAACAUUGAUAACUGACUUCGAUUCCCCGCUAACUGAAUUUCAUUAUAUCACCUUUAUAACAGUUCUCCAAGUUCAUAUUUCUAAUAAUAUUAACUCCUUUCAUUUACUAACCUCUUCUCCUUUAUUAAUAUUCUAAUGCUUAAUAUUUACUACCCUGUAUCCUUAUUCUACCCCUAAGCCUAUUUGUUACUUCCAAAUUUUCUAUUUAUCUUAUAUUAUAAUAUUUAGCUAAAUAUUCUUUAAAUUUCAUGUUGUUCCUCCUUUUAUAUCCGCUCCUGCCCUGCCAAAUAUUUGGGGGUCCCAAAAAAGCUGAUGACCAUUGCUAUCCAAAUUGUUUGCAGUGUGCCGCAUCAUGUGAUUAAUUACGUAGGACAGGGCUUACCGGGGCCCCCCAAUAUUUUAUUCAAUUGGGCACCCGUCGGAAAAGCAGGAUUCUGUGCCCAAUGUUGCAUUCUGUUCCCCUGUGUCAUCCUGCAGAUGGGAUGAGCCCUGCAGGUGGAAACAUCUCUGGUGCCCUGCAGAAUUCGAACCCAGAGCUUCAAGCACCCCUUGCCGACUCAUUUCCGCCUCUUUUUAACAGGACGCAGAGGAAGCGGAGCAUCAGCCAAAAACCCCCUCCGGCCGUGGGGAGGCCCAAGCCGCAGGCCAAGGCUUCCGGGCCACGAUGCCGCGCUCUGUACCAGUAUGUAGGGCAGGAUGUGGAUGAGAUCAGCUUCAACGCGGGCGACGUGAUAGAUAUAUUGAUGGAAGGUAGGUCUGCAAUGCGGUCUGUGACUCACGCAAGCAAGGGCUGAGGAAGCUGUGGUUUUGCACUGCAGAAAUGCACAUUUUUCUUGGGGGAGGUACAGGUGGGUCUGAGGUCAGCCACAGGGCAGGCGGGCAGUGGCAGAGGUCUGCAGGCUGCCCCCUUCUUCUGAAGCUAUCUCCCCACCAGACACCCUUUCCGCUCUCUCUGCCACUUUCAUACCCUCCAACUUUUCCCUGAUGAAAGUAGGGACAUCCUAUUCCUGCACUAUUAUUAUUAUUAUUAUUGUUGUUGUUGUUGUUGUUGUUGUUGUUGUUGUUGUUAUUCCCUGUCCAUCUUACUGGGUUGCCCCAGCCACUCUGGGCAGCUUCCAGCACAUAUAAAAACAUAAUAAAACAUUAAGGUAAAGGUAAAGGGACCCCUAACCAUUAGGUCCAGUCGUGACCAACUCUAGGGUUGCGGCGCUCAUCUUGCUUUAUUGGCCGAGGGAGCCGGCGUACAGCUUCCGGGUCAUGUGACCAGCAUGACUAAGCCGCUUCUGGUGAACCAGAGCAGCGCACGGAAACGCCGUUUACCUUCCCGCCAGAGUGGUACCUAUUUAUCUACUUGCACUUUGACAUGCUUUCGAACUGCUAGGUUGGCAGGAGCAGGGACCGAGCAAUGGGAGCUCACCCCGUCGCGGGGAUUCGAACCGCCAACCUUCUGAUCGGCAAGUUCUAGGCUCAGUGGUUUAACCCACAGCGCCACCCGCGUCCCUUAAUAAAACAUUAAACAUUAACUAACUACCGGAUCCAGGGCUGCCUUCAGAUGUCUUCUAAAGGUUGUAUAUUUCUCCAAUGAAAAUAGGGACCUCCUAAGGAAAAGCCGAACAUUCUGGGAUCAAAUCAAAACCGGGACAGCUUCUGAAAAUCCAGGACUGUCCCUGGAAAAUAGGGACACUUGCAAGGACUGUAGAAUGAUCCUGUUUUCAUCAGAGAAAUGUUGGAGGGUAUGCACGUAGCUAGGGCAGGGGAGGAGACCAAAAAAGGCUAGUUUUCAAGAGAUGCAGCUGUUUCAAUAAAGCAGGGAUGGAGGGCGGCACGUGGGGUUGACAAGCAACACGAACACCUUGUCAUAUAUUAUUAUAUUGUUUUCGCAGACCCCUCCGGAUGGUGGAAAGGCCGGCUUCAUGGGAGAGAAGGCCUCUUCCCCGGGAAUUAUGUUCAGAAGAUCUGAGCAACUCUCCAUCCUGUGGCCCAGAGCCCAAGCAGGCAGUAAACAGGCCAGAUCAUACAAAACAAGCUCUUGAAACAGAGAGCUUGCACCAUGCGCAAGGAACCCCCACCACAUGCGUUGCAAAGCACAUGGGAGUCAGGAACGCUGCCUCCUUGACUGCUGUUUCCAAAUUGCAAACACUUUGGCGUGUGGGUUUUUUUCAGCAAAGGCAACCUUUGCACCCCAGCACUCACUGUGUUGAUAUUUUUUGCUGUUCUGGUGCUAUCUAAAGGGGUACGGCAAGUAGGGAUUUUUUAAAAGGGAUGAGUUAUCGAGGCAUGCUGGCAGAGGCAUUGCACAACGGCCGCCUUGAUGUGUUCUCUGCACAAUGUUGCAAUGCUUUUUUGGGCGGGAGGGGGGGUGAGUGGGAGAGGCAGGGAGGCCCAGGAAGGAAUUAAAAACGCCGUUUCGAAAUGCACAUUGUCUUCCUCGUAAUGUCAGUUUAGGAUACAAGCACGCUCAUUUGAAGGAGGGGACGUGGGCAUAGCCAAGGGAGCAGGUGCACCCCCCAUCAAGUAAAUAAAAAUACUAAUC